GAGGAGAGAGAGAGAGCAAGAGAGACAGAGAGAGGGAACGGCCACUAUAGGACAAACAAGGACAAAAGGCUGUGUCGUAAUAAAAGCACAAAAGACAAAUGACAUUUUGGCCCAAUAAUAAGAUAAAUAGAAAACCGAUGCUAUCAUGGCUGAUAGCACAGAUCCAGGCAGGCACAAGGAUCCAACACUAGAUGCCGGCACAGCAGGCCAAGGCAUCCACGAUGACGUGGGUAAGGACGUGCCCCCAAUACCAGCUGUUCGGCGUCGACAUGCGCAUGAGCAUCAAACCGUUGAGAAUCUCGAGGAGGGGUUGGAAACCGAACAGCUGAAGACAUCGACAGUGACGCGCACGUUUAUGAAGACCAUAACCACAUCACUGACCACCUCCACAAGCAGUAGCAGCAAUCUAGAGCAAGUGGAGCAAGUGGAGCACUCGGAGGCGCAAUCGCCACCGCAUCGUUUGCGUGAAAAGGUUGCCCAAUACGAGAAGGUGUGGUCCGACGGAGCCGGCAAACGACCACCCGAACAAUGUACGGAUGAGCUGCGUCAGCAGCAGUCGGAUGAUUACGAUGCCGAGAAUCCAUUUGAUAUUGAUGUGCAUGAAAUUGAGCGACGUCUGCGCGAGGAGCGACAACGUGGUUUGGCCGAAGCGGAGGCAGCUAAGCUGGCCUUCCAACAGGUCCAUCUGCGUCACACGCCGCAGACGUCAACGCGUCGCGUCGAGAUCACCAGCGAGCAUAUACCCAGUCCAUUCAAUGUAACCCUAAAAACCACCAGUCGCAUGAGUCCUGGAGCUGAAUUGGGCAACGUUGAGGAUCAAUUGUCGCCGUUCAAUGUAACGUUGCGCACCACGCGACGCACUGUGAAAAAGGACCUCAGUCGUCAGAUGGAACUGGAGCGAUUUCUCGAUGGGGAGCGUAUGGUCCGCGAGGUGCAAGCGGCUGAUGGUGUUCGCACCAUAAUCACUUCGUCGAUGACUAGCGAUGGUGGCUAUGCCGAGGAGAAGAUCUAUCGGCAUGGCGAGGGCUAUGUCUCGCCGCGAGAUUCACCCUCCUGGUCGCGCUCGAGCAUGUCCAGUGAACGUUCGAGUGUGACGUCACCGCAUAGCGUUGAUAUGACCGCCGGCGGUAGACGCAUCCUAAUCAAGCUAGAGGAUGAGAUCGAGUCGUGUGAGCACGAGCAGGAACGCGACGAUACUGAUGGUUCGGUGCGCGCACGCAUACGGCAAUUUGGUGGGCAGGACGAGGAUGCUAUGGCAACGGGUAACAUUGACAUUACCGUUGGUAGCAACCCCCGCCGGCGGCGUUUACACCAGCAAACAACAUUCCAAGUGGGUGGCAACGAGACGCCACAACAACAGCAACGCCAGCAACAACAGCAAGAGCGACCAGUGCGUCCAAGCGAACUGUCAUGGCAAACGGGUAAAUCAACAACGAAGACAAUGCUAACAACAUCCACAUCCACGCCGAUUGGCACGAAGGAGCAACCGCAAACAGCAACGCCGGACGAAACCAUUGCCAGUCCAGCUGCAACGUGCCAAUUGCGCGGUUCUUCGACGGAAGAGUCUCGAAAAAUUGUAAGCCACAAAACGAUAACCAGCAGCACAACGAAAACAACAACAUCAACAUCAUCGACCAGCAAAUCCGAAAUAUUCUCGGAAAAAUCGGAAAAACCAUCGACAUCACGCAAAUCAAUCGGUUUGUCGGCUGCAGCUACUGCUGCUGCUGCCUCUCCGUCCGCUGGCAAUAUCUCGUUUACUGCUUCGCAGAUUCAUAUCGGCGAUAACGUUGAAGUCGAUAGCGCUGACGUUAUCGAUAACGAUUCCGAUACAGAGGGCGUGCCGGCUAGCAGUCUGGUGAUUGUUUCGACGCCCACGCGCUCCACAACACCCUCCAACACAACAACAGCAAUUACAUCGCCGUGUACGCCGCACGCAUUGAGCGGCGUUGGUACUUUUAGCAAGAGUCUGCGUCAGGAUUAUCAGACUCAAGCGACACAAAGUAACCGCGACAACGAAGACGAAUACCAGGAGUUCCAAUCCACAAUGGCGUCGAUCAAUUUCGCACGCAGCAAUUCCCAGUACGAUAGCCACAUCAAGGAGAAACGAGAGGAACAAGAACGUGUGCAGAAGAAGACAUUCACUAAUUGGAUUAAUUCAUACCUAUUGAAGCGUGUUCCACCGCUUCGUAUUGAUGAUUUAAUCAACGAUUUACGUGAUGGUACGAAACUAAUUGCUUUGCUCGAAGUUUUGUCCGGCGAACGUUUGCCCGUGGAGAAGGGCCGCGUUCUCCGGCGUCCACAUUUCCUAAGCAAUGCGAAUACGGCCCUACAAUUUUUAGCCAGCAAACGCAUCAAGUUGGUCAAUAUUAAUCCCGCAGAUCUGGUGGAUGGGAGACCACCAGUUGUGUUGGGUCUGAUAUGGACGAUCAUAUUGUACUUCCAGAUCGAGGAGAAUAGCCGCAACCUAGAAUAUUUGGGUCAUGGUAUUGGCGGUUCGGUUAGCUCCCUCGACAGUGUUGGCAAUCAUAAGGCUGGAAGUGAUCUUAGGGCUGAGAAAUGGAAGCAAGGUGCCAAGAAAACGUUACUCAACUGGGUAACAAACGCCUUGCCAAAAGACAUUGGUGUAGAGGUAAAGGAUUUCGGCGCUAGCUGGAGAGAUGGCGUCGCUUUCCUCGCACUUAUUGAUGCAAUCAAAGCGAAUCUGGUCAAUUUAGCUGAGCUAAAGAAGGCCAGCAAUCGUCAGCGUUUAGAGACUGCUUUCGAUGUGGCCGAAAACAAAUUGGGCAUUGCCAAACUUUUAGACGCUGAGGAUGUGGACGUACCCAAACCGGAUGAGAAGAGUAUAAUGACAUAUGUGGCGCAAUUCUUGCACAAGUAUCCUGAACCAAAGGGUGCCUCGCGUGAAGCGUCACAUGUGCAACAAGAAGUGGAUGAAUUGCGUCGUUUCCUGGUGGAAAAGACCACCGAAUACGAGCCGAUGGUUAUGAUGAACUCAUUUCCACGUGAUUUUGGUGAAUAUCUACUGGCACGUUCUGAAGUCGAUGCACAUUUGGCGGCUUACAACCGCUUGAAGCAACUGGUUGAAAGCCAGAGUGGUUUUCUGCAGGUCUCACGUCAAUCGUGGGAUGAGAUUAAUGAGCUGUGGCAGCGUCUCCAAUACCAGAUGAUGUACUGGCUCUGGCUAUUGGAUGCUGAGCUGCCCGGCGAAUUCGGUACGGUCGGCAAAUGGUUGGCCGAGGCCGAAAAACUUUUGAUGGACAACGAUAUACCCAAUGCGAUGAAUGAGGAGACAGCUGCUGUGAUCAGUAGAAAGCUGGAGGAGCACAAGCUGUUCUUUGCCAAUCUGCCGCGCAUUGUGGCCAUGUUCGACAAUGCCAAGCGCUCGCCACUGGCUCAACAGGUGCCACUGGAGCAGCUGCGCAACAUGGAGCGACGCCUGCAAGAGAUCGGACCCAAGUCCGCUGAGCGUAGAAUUCGCUUGAAAUUCCUCGAGCACAAAUGUUGCCUAAUUGCCUUCCUCAAUCUGGUGGAGAAUAAAAUGCGUGGCUGGACCGGCAAGUACGGGCAAGAGGAGAAGGUCGCCCAGCAAUUGGAACAGUAUAAGAACUUUGUCUCACGCAACAAGAUCUUCCAGGAGUUCCAAAAAGCCUUUGUCGACAUGCAACAGGUCGUCGAUGAAUACAAGCGGGAGGGCAACGUUGCCCGCAAAGACAUCAAUGAAAUCGAUCGCUUCAUGUAUGAAACUGAGGAGCGCUGGAAGCGUGUCUCCAUGGAGUUGAAAUGCUGUCAGAAUUCGCUUGAGGAGGUCGUCAAUUGUUGGCGCAAUUGGAACCAAUUGGCACCCAGCUGCGAGGAGUGGCUACUGCUCGCCGAGCAGAAACUGAAUCAAAGCGAAGACGAUCGAUUGGAGUUCUUCCAGGACAUCAGCGUGUGGAAGGAUAAAUUUGAUGCCCUGAGCAAUUCAGCAAACUAUCUGAUUGCAUCCUGUGAGGAGCCAAUUGCGCAGCAGCUGCGUCAGCGUCAUGGCGCCUUAGCUGAGCGCUUCGACCGUUUGUUUGCCAAUACUAAGCAAUAUAUGCAUGCUGGUGAUAUUAUACGCUCACGACAGGAAUACAAGUCAGGCAUUGAGAAGCUCUCCAAGUGGCUGCGUGGCGCCGAGAGUGUCCUGGAUCAACGUCAGGUACUCGGCAACAGCGAGCAGAUACGUCGUUAUGGCGAACAGCUGCAGCAGCUCGCCAGUGAGAUCGAUGACAAUGAGGAGCUUUUCAAGACCAUCAGUCGCAACUUCCAGUCCCUCAUCCAGGAUCUGUCGCGCGAUGAGGUGGACAAAAUGAUGAAGCUACUGAAGCAGGAGAAGGAGUCUCUGGUGCGCAUACGCGCCCAAAUGCCCGCCAAGCUGCACCUUUUCCAUCAGCUGCAGAUACAGCAAGAAUCGCUGGAGGCGGGCCAAAAGGAAAUUCAUCAAUGGCUGAGCGAAGCCGAACAACUGCUGGGCACACACAAUUUAACCGGCGGCCGGGAGCUCAUCAAUGAGCAGCUGCACACGCACAAGACUUACUUCUCACGCACCGUCUACUAUCGCUCCAUGCUUGAGAGCAAGAACAAGGUGUUCCAGAAUCUCGUCAAGAAUGUGGCGUCCGAUGAUAAAAUUGAUACGGCCCCAGCUGCACAGCAGAUGCAGCAGCUCAACGAACGCUUCAACUAUGUCAUACAGAAUGCGGGCAAGUGGGAGCAGCGCUUGAGCGAUGCUGUCGGUGGCUGGAGUAACUUCAAGGAUAACGAGCGCGUUGUUAACGAAUGGCUCACCCAGGCCGAGUCCAUGCUCGUGGAGAAGCACAUUGAGUCGAAGACAACGAUUGAAACGCAAAAGUACUUCUUCGAGCAGGUCAACGAUCGCUGGAUGAACGAUCUGGUUCAGUCCGCCCAGCAGCUGCUGACAACGCUGCCCAGCCAGGAGCAAGCGGAUGUGGUUCAGAGUGUCGAGCAGCUGCAGUCGCGCUGGAAGAAUGUGUUGUCCCAGGCACCAUUGCAUCUGCUGAAACUCGAGUUCCGUCUGGACGAGAAUGCCUUCUAUCAGUCACUCAAAGACGUCGAGAAGGAACUUCAACUGGAGCAGCAGGCGCUGAAUCGCAACGAAGAUGUUGACUCCAUAUUGCAACGCAAUCAACAAUUUCUGUUUCAACAGGAUGCGGUGCCGCGCCUGGAGAAGUGCCUACAAAAUAUGCAGCGUCUUGCACAGGCGCACAGACAACAGCAGCCGGGUGAUAUUAGUCUGGAUCAGGCAUACGAUAAUGCCAAGUCGCAAUGGCAAAUGGUGUCCAACAGACUCGCCGAUAUGCGUCAGACAUUGCAGCAAAUACCUGCUCAAUGGCAGGGCUAUCAUCAGAAAUUCAAUGAGAUGAUCGAUUGGAUGAAUAGCGUGGAUCAGAGCCUCAAGAACAUUGUUAAUGAGGUCAACACCAUGGAGGAGUUUGAAAAGGAGAAGGUUGUUUUCCAGAAAAUCUGCCAAGAUGCAGAUAAUAAACGUGAGGACAUGAAGUGGCUGGUCAAAACACUCGAUUCUCUGCUCAGCUAUGCCACCGAGGACGAGGCUAAUCUGGAGCAAAAGAAACUCGAAGAUCUAAUUGCACGCUACAAGAACCUAAUACCCACCAUCGAGAUAACCAUGGUCAAAACGGAAGUGUUCUCCAAGUGUUACACAUAUCGUCGCGAGGUUCACGAAGUCGUCUGCCUGCUGACCAAGGUCAAGGAUCAGACGGCCAAUAUACCGGCACCCGAUAGUUUGGAGCGCGUGAAUCGCCAAAUUGAGGAGCAACAGUAUGCUAUUAAUCAGCUCGAUCAUCAGAGGCCCCAUAUCAUGUCCAUGCUGCAACGUGGACGCGAUCUCAGCAAGGAUGUCCAUGCUCCGACCUUUGUCAACUCCGAGGUUAAGAAUCUGGAGACCGGCUGGAAUCAGGCCUAUACCGAAUCCUCAGACAAACUGCAAGCACUGAAGGGCACUCAAGCGGUGUGGAGUGAUUUUGUCGAUCAGAAAAACGACAUCUUCUCCAUGCUGCAAACCGCUGAGACGGAACUACGUGCUCUGACACCACUGCAAACCGAUCCGAAGAACGUAAGCCAAGAUCUGAAGUCGAAACGUGAUCUAAAUGUGCAGCUGCAGCAGGCAUCACAUCAAUUGUUGCCCAAGUUACAUGCCCUGAAGUCGGAGUUGGCGCCUUUGGCUGCUGCCGAUAAACGUCCCAUACUCGAGAAGGAAGUCACUGAGGUGGAGAAAAUGUUCUUCAACACCAUGGAGCAUGUAAAGGAUCGUGUCGGCUACUUAGAGGACUACAGCGCCAAAUGGAACAACUACAAGACACGUCUCGCCGAGCUGCAGGAAUGGGCCAACAAAGUGGCACCCAAAAAUAUUGAAGCUUUGCAAUCUGAGGAUCUGACGCCUGAGGAGCGUGUUGUUAAGGUGCAGUCCUUUAAGCGAGUGCUCGGCGAGCGCAUGAAGCAGCUGGAUUUGUUGGCCGCUGAUGCAUCCGAGCUGGCACCGAAAGAGGGCAACGUUGCCGAAGCGAAGCGCCUCAAGGGUGAAAUCUCCAAGCUGCAGGAAGUGCUUAGCGCGAUCAAUCGCAAUGUGGACCAUCAGUCGCAGGCCGUGCAGGAGGAUCUGGUCAACUGGCAGCACUUCCAGGCUGGACUGCAACAGAUCAAGCCCGCCGUGGAGCAGAGCGAGGUCAAGGUAAAUAAUAUAGUUCCUAAGCCCAUCACACUUGACGAAGCCGUUGCCAUGCAACAAAAUGCCAAACAAUUUGAAACACAAUGCCUGGACCAACUGGACAAACUCCAUGGCAUAUCAAGCAUCAGUCAUAAAAUGUUAUGCAAAACCAAUGCUCCCGAUGAAUUAGAUGCCAUGCACUCCCGUUGGACUGCGGUCCAUGAAAAUGCUAAACAGGCCAGCGGCAAGCUCGAGAAGCUUGUCGCCAAUUGGAAGUCCUUCGAUAGUGAUGCUGCCAAAUUGGAUGAUUGGAUUGAUCAGGGUGCACAGCUAAUGGGUAAGCGUCCGGCUGUUUUAAAUACGCCGCACAUUGACAAGCUGGACAAGGAGCUGGUCAAACUAAAGUCCUUCAACAAUGAGAUUUCGCAGCAGCAGGCCAAACUUGUUGCACUUGGUCAAAAUGCCGAUCAAAUUAGUUUACAUUUAGCGCCCGAAGGCGCCGUUGCCGUCAAGGAUCGCGUGAACAACAUGAAGGGUAAAUUGCAGAAACUCUCCGAGGCCACUCGUGGCAAUAUCAACGAGGUCUCCGACGCCAUCAUUUCGCGUCAAGACUUCAAUGCAAAGUUGGUAAACUUUUCCAAUUGGAUGGAGCAGUUGCGCAAUCAGGUCACCCAAGUUGAGGAAAUCAAUCCCGAACGCGUGGAGACCAGUCUGCAUGUCAUCCACGCCCUGUUGCAGGAGCAUGCCGAUAAGAAACCCAGUUUCAAUGCCAUCUACGAUGAGGUCAAGCAAUUGGCUCUGGGCGCCACGCCUGAAGAGUCCAAUGCGCUAAAUGAUGCGUAUACAGCGCUAGUGGUCAACUACCAGAAUCUCGAAUCGAACAUGCUGCAGAAGAAGGCCGCAUUGGAGAAGUGGACUGAGCUUUUGGGCUGGAAGCAUGAUACUGAAUCGCAUUUGAAUUAUUUGAAGCAUCAGUUGGAGAAGCCCGAGGGACCCGCCGUCGAGGAGCUUAAGAAAGCCAGCGAGGAGAUCGAUCAUCUCGGUCAGGGUCUGGGCUACUGGAAGGGCCAAGCUAAGGAAAUCGAUGAGAAUCCGGCUAUACAAUUGCGUGAUGCACUCUCUCGUCGGCCGCUGAUUGCCACACAGAUUGUCAACGAUGUGGAAAACAAGCUGGAGAAUCUGAAACUGCGAUCGCAGAAUCAGCAACAGCAAUUGCAACAGAUGACGGUGAGGAAGGACAAGUUCCACGCCCUGGAGCAUAACUUUGGCCAGGCAUUGGACGAGAAUCGCGCAAAGCUUGAUCAGAUCCUGAAACAGCAUCCUAAUCUGAAUAACAUUGAUCAGAUCAUUGCCGAUCUGGUGGCGCUGAAUGAUGCUCUGAAAUAUCAGGCAGAUCUUAAGAAUCGCAUUCACGACGAAGGCUCUUUGCUGAUGCGCGAGGAUAUUGCCAGCAUGCCUGCCAUACAGGAGAGUCUCCUGGUGUUGGACAAGAACUACGAUUCGUUGCAGAAUGAAAUUGCCGAUCGUAUACAGAAAUACAAUCUCAUCAGCCAGGCGCUGCGUGAGUAUGCCGAGUCCAAGGACAAGUUCUCCAAAGAGCUUAAGAAGGCCGAGGAUCUCUUCAAUGCCAUACCCCAACAGCCGGGCGAUGAGACCGCAUUGCAGCAAGCGUCUGAGAAGACACGCAAGACAAUGGAACAGUUGCGCAAGUCCAAAAUGAAUCUCGAUGAGCUCGAUCGUCGCGGCAACAAUGUGGGCAAAUUGUUUAGUGCCAUUGGUGAGCCAGUGCCUCAAGAGGUGCCCCAGGAAGUGGCCAAGGCCAAACAGCAGUGGCAGGAUCUGCACGAUAAAACCGCCAAAAACGCGCAUGUCUAUGAAACGGAAGCGGUUAUUUGGUCACAGAUUGAGGAUGCCAAAAAGGAUCUGCUACCCUGGCUAUCCGAGACCAAUCAGGGUCUGUGCGAUGCUGCCGAUAACUCAAUUGAAAUUGAAUUCGGUCCCAUGCGUCUGAGCAAGUACCGCACUGAGCUGCCGUCGUAUCAGGCGCUUAAGGAUACAAUUCUGGAGAAGACCAAUGACUUGAUUAAGAUCAACAAUGGUGCCCAGAUACCCGCACUGUCCACACUCAAUCAACUACUUGGCGAUCAAUUCGCUGAGGUUAGCAACAAUGCGGAUCGCCUGAGCGCGGUAACCACAUCCUUCAAUGAUCAGGAACAGGAGUUGCGCCGACGCUCGAAGAUUGCUGGCGAGCAGGUGAGCAAGCUGCGUGAACAGCUUAUCAAAUGCGAUGAUAUGUCCGGAGAUAACAAUAAGAUCAUGGAGCGUUUGCUGCAGUGUCGUGCACUGCGCGCUCAACUGGAGAACAGCGGCAACGAAAUCGAAAAUAUCAAGCAGAAAGUGGAUGAAUUGCGUAAUCUUUAUCCCACAUUCAAUGAGUCCAUUAUACCCAAGGAGUUGAACAAUGUACAGAAACGUUACGAGGGCGUUGAUCUGUAUGCCAAGAAGAUCGAAAGUUCGCUGCUGCAGUUCCUCAAGAAAUUCCAUGCCGAUAAGGUGGGCAUGCUGAAGCGUCUUAUUACAACGCAACGGGAGAAGGUGGCCUGGUGCCAGCCCGAAUCAACCAGUGACAAAUACAACUUGGACGUGAAGAAAUCGUCGCUGCAAGAGGUCGGUAAAAGCAUUGAUGACUGCAAGGCGCGCCAUGCGGAAACAUUAAAGUCACUCGAAAUGCUCAAGGCUGUGGAGACGCCACAGAAUUUGGUUGAGCUUAACAGCGAUGCAGAGCUGAUGGGCAAGGAAAUGCAGGCGUUGCAGGAUAGCUUUGAUCGCAUCAGAGGCGUUCUGGAUGAGAAUGUCGAUUUGUGGUCGGAGUACGAGCAGUCAAAUGAGAAAAUAUCCAACUGGCUGCGUGAUGUUGAGGGUCGCGUCAAAGCGGAGACCAGCAGCCAGGUGAAUCUGCCCGAGGUGCCACAGAAACUACAAGAGUUGGCCAGCUUGCAGCAGGAUGUGCUGGCCCACGAACCCAUCAUCAACAGUCUGGAGCAGACAUCACAGCAGCUAAUCGUAAAGAAUCCCGAGGCGCGUAUUGGACAAUUUGUGACACAUCUGGUGCAGCGCUACCAGACGGUUGCCAAAAGUUUGGCUGGCCACAUGGAUAAAAUGCGCACCGCACAAUUGUCGAAUGCGAACUUCGGCAAGGCAUCGAAGGACUUUAAUGAAUGGUUUGGCGAUGCCAAGAUUGAGUUCCAGGAACUUGCACGCAUGGGCUCUCCUGGCUCAUCAUCGGCCACCGCCCAACAAUUACAAACAAUUAAAAACUAUCUGAAAACCUUCGAUAAUGGUCAGCUAUUGCUGAACAAUGCUGUUGACAUUGGCGAGGGAUUGUAUCCCGUUGUCUCACCUGAGAAUCGUGAACACAUACGAGCUGAUUUGCGACAAAUGCGCGAGAAAUACGAUUAUCUGCGUGACGAGGCCAAUGCGCUAAUGCAACAGGUUGAGGGUGUACUUAUACAGAAGACCUCCAUUGAGGAGAGUUACACUCAAGUGUCGCACUACCUCAACGAGUCCAAGGCCAAAGUCACCGCUGCCGACGAACUCUACCCGACUUUGGCGGCCAAGAAAGCAGCUCUCCAAAACUAUAAGACACAAUUGCAAGAGAUUACAUUGCAUAAGAACGCACUGAAGCAAUUGCACGACAAGGCUGUCACCCUAUGCGAUGAUGAGUCUGAGCGUAAAACGGAUGAGUCCAUUCAGGAGUACAAUGCGAUCUCCAAGAAGAUUUCCGAUCGUAUCAACACUGUGGGCAAUCAGGUCGUCAAGCACGAGGCCUACGAUCAGGUGCUGGAGAAGGCACAAGAUUGGUUGAACACCAUCAAAUCGGAAGCUAUUGAUAUACUGAACGAGACAACCUUUGAGAAGGAGGGCGCUGAGGAGAAGCUGAUUGUUGUCGAGAAUUUGCUGCAGCACAAGCCCGAAGGUGAUUCCAUUUUCGAUACUUGCCACAAGCUAUUGGAAACGGUGCUUACCCAAACUCAUCCAAACGGUCAUCCGGCUCUGCUGAAGGGCUUUGAGGAGCCUAAGCAAGCGUGGGAGGAGUUUAUGUCGCUAUGCCAGGACUCGUUGGUUAAACUCAAGCAGCUCUGCUCGCAAUGGGAUGAGUUUGACUCGAUCAUCGAAGAGCUUGACAAUUGGAUGAAAAAUGUUGAGGCUGUGGUGAAGAACCAGAAUCUCAAGAGCACGGCCGAAGCGAAGAGCGCACAUCUGAAGAAACUGCAGGAUAAUGCCAAGGAUAUUGAGCGUCGCGGUGCUGCCAUAAGCGAACUCAUGGAUCAGGGCCGUGAAAUCGAAGGUGAAACGGAUUUGAAUCUCAAACUGUCGCGUUUGAAUACACGCUAUCAAACACUCAAGAAUCUCUGCAAAGAGUCCAUUGCCAAGUAUGUGAACUACGUCAAGGAUCACGAAAGUUUCGACAACGACUUUGAAAACUUCAAGCAGGAUCUGCAAACCUGCGCCACUGAACUGGCCAAAACCAAUGAAAUUGUUGGCGACCAGAGCGCACUGCAGGAUCAACAGAACAAACUGCGCGAGAUGUCAGACAAACGCAUCGUUGACUCCACUGUCUUUGAGAGUCUCAUCGAUCGCGGCGAGAAGCUGUACGGUCACACAAGUCCCGAAGGUCGUGAAAUUAUACGUCAACAGCUGCGCUCCUUGCGCACCAUGUGGGACAACUAUACGGAUGACUUGAACUCGGCUACGCAUAAGAUCGAUCAGUGCCUGUUGCAGUUUAAUGAGUUUAGCAUUGCUCAGGAUCAGUUGACCAAGUGGCUGAAGGAUGUUGAUAAGGCCAUGCAGAGCCAUACCGAACCGAAGACAACGCUGCAAGAGAAGCGUGCCCAGCUCCAGAAUCACAAGUUGUUGCAUCAGGAGAUCACCACGCACAAUGUGCUCGUCGAUAAUGUGUGCGACAAGGCACAGAUAUUGAUUGAUCAAAUCAAGGACAACUCUCUGAAUAUUUACCUACAAUCAAUCAAGCAGUUGUUUCACAAUAUUGUGCAAAAGUCCGAUGAAAUCCUACACAACCUGGAGAAUUGUGUGCAGAAGCACAGCGAGCUAAACAAUGCCCUGACUGGUGCCAAGACAUGGAUUUCAAAUGAGAAGGCUAAAUUGCUUGAAUGUGAUGAUUCCUACGGUGAAAAGGCAGAUAUUAAGCGUAAAAUUGAAACUCUCGGUCAAUUGGCACAAAAUAAACCACAGGCAAUGAAUCUUAUUAGCGAGAUACGUUCGCAGUUUGAAAAUGUGAAACCAGCCACUUCGGAGAAGGGCAUUGAAGUGCUUGAGAAGGAAAUUGACGAAUUGGAAACGACAAUGAAGAGUCACUUCGAUGACAUCGAGGGCAUCGAAGGCAAGCAAAAGGAUGUGCUAGCACAGUGGCACAAAUUCGAGAACAAUCUUGAAGAGCUCACCAAAUGGUGUCGCAGUGCUGAGGCUGUCUUCCGCGAUCAACAACUCAAGUCGACGCUACACGAAAAGGUCGAGCAAAUGGAUAAAUACAAGAUACAGCGUGAACUCAUCCUGCAAAAGGAAAAGGAGAUCGAUGCCUUCGGGGAUACGGCGCACUCUUUGCUCAACAACUGCGGUGCUGAUCGCCUGAAGACGUUGACAACGCAAAUCACAAACCGUUAUCAACUGCUGCAGGUGUUGAGCAAAGAGGUGGUCAAUCGCUGGUCCAAUCUGGUCGAUGAUCAUCAGUACUACCAGGACAAGUACAACGAGGUGGACUUGUGGCUGCAGCCAAUUGAAACCCAACUGGAGAAGGCGCUCAAGGAUGAACCGACGCAAAGCUCGAACAUUCUGCAGGUACUUCUUUCAGAGAAGGAGCAGGCCGAGAGCCUAUUUGGUGCAUUGAAUGCAGCUGGCGAGAAGGCCUUGCCGGAGACAUCCACUCAGGGUCGAGAGAAGAUCCGCAAGGAUCUGCGUGACAUACGUGACCGUUGGGAUAAACUUGACGAAGGUAUUCGCAAUCUAGAGAAACGGCAAGAGGCCCAAACUGUGCAGCUCUCCAGCUACCAGGAUAUCCAGGGCCAGACAGUCAACUGGCUGGAUCAGGUGGAGAAAUUAAUACACAAUGAGAAUCCCGCUAGCUGGACGAGCGCACAAGAAAUUCGCUCGAAGCUCUAUAAAUAUAAGGCUACCAAUCAAGACAUCAAUUCGCAUAAGCGCAUUGUCGAGGCUGUCAAUGAGAAGGCAGCAGCAUUGCUGUCUAGCGCAGCACCUGCAAAUGCUGAUGAGAUUGCCAAAUCUGUGGCUGACAUCAAUAAGCGAUAUGAGCAGGUUGGACUGGAUUGUGGCAAGCUGGUCGCCGAUUUGGAUGCCGCUUUCGAGGUGUAUCAGCAGUUCAGUGAGCUGCAGAAAGCCCAACAGGACUAUCAGAAGAACCUUUGGGACCGUCUCACCGGCUACUCCGACUACUCGGGCAACAAGGCGGCUCUGCAGGCUCGUCUGCAAAAGAUCAAUGAGAUCCAGGAUGCACUGCCUGAGGGUGUGGCUAAACUGAAAGCCUUAGAGGAGCAUAUCGAGCGGCAUGCGAGCAAUAUACCAGCUAGAUCAAAGGAAGCCAUGACACGUGAUUUGGCCAAUUUGCAUGCUGAUUUCGAGAAGUUUGGUGGCUCGCUGACCGAUGUGAAGAGCGGCCUGGAGAAUCGUUUGCAGCAAUGGAAUGACUAUGAAGUCGAUUUGGAUCGUCUGAUUAGCUGGCUGGGCGAGGCUGAGAAUGCCCUCAAGAACUACAAUCUAAAGAACUCCUUUGAGGAAAAGGAAGAGCAGCUGAAUCGCUUCCAGUCGCUAACGCAGAGCCUGCGCCAAAACGAAGCGGACUUCGAGAAAAUGAAGGACGAUACAUCGGAGUUGGUGCAAAGCUCUGGCGAGACAAGAAUUGCAGUCAAUGUGCAACAGGUCUCCUCGCGUUUCCAAUCUAUUCAAGCGACAGCAAAGGAGAUUCUCAAGAAGUGCGAGCAAGCCGUUCAGGAUCACAGUCAUUUCAACGAGAAGUACAAGCAAUGCUCCGACUGGUUGGCCAACGCACAAAUCCGCUACGAUGAAUGCAGCGACUUGACCAACGUGGCAUCUCGCGACGAUCUGCUCAAGAAGCAACUGGUCAUACAGGAGUUGCUGGCACAGCAACCGACCGCCACACAACUCCUAAAUAGCACCGUCGAACUGGGUGAGAAGUGCUACAGUUCAACAGCAACGGAUGGUCGCGAAGCCAUUCGUAGUCAAUUGGAUGAUCUGACCUUUGAUCAGCUGUUCGACAAUAUUGCCAGCACAGCUCGUAAGAUACAGGAUAAAAUUGCCAAGUGGUCAGGAUUUGAUGAGACUGCUGACAGUCUGAAGAGCUGGCUGGAUAAUGUAGAGCGCGAGUUGCCCACUGAAAUUGAGUUGAGAACAACGCUGGAUGAGAAACGCAAUAAGUUGCAGUCAUAUCGUGACCUACUCAACGAUAUCAACAAUCAUCAAGUGGAGGUUGGGAAUUUGCAAGAGAUUGCAGCUAAUUUGCCGGAGAAAACUGCACAUGUUGAUCAGAUCCUUAAGGAUAUCAACGAUCGUUUUGGCAAACUACAAAAACGCGCCCAAGCUUACGUCGAACGCUACGAGGGCAUCGUGAGUGCCCAUCAGCAAUACUCAAAGGCUGUCAUGGAUGCCCAAGAGUUUAUUGAUGCCACAUUGAAUACGGUGCACUAUUGGGGUGAUCUUGAUUUGGAACAAACAUCUCUUCACACCAAUCUGGAUCGUCUAAAGAAUUUGAAGGUCAGUCUGGCCGACGAGUUUCCGCGUGUCGAUCAAGUUCGUGCAUUGGGCGAGAAGGUUAUCCCUGGUACUGUUAAUGUUGGACAAGUGAACAUUAAAUCGCAAAUUGAUACAACGCAACAGGAAUGGGAGGGUCUGCUGGCAUCCAUUAGCUCGACUAUCGAAGCCAUCGAAUCCCGAUUGCAGCAAUGGUCCGAGUAUGAGCAGCUGCGCGAUCAAUGCUUGGCUUGGAUUCGUGACACCGACAAUGAUCUGCAUGCCAUCGAUCUGAAGGAGGAUCUGCCGAAGAAGCGUGCCCAGUUGGAUGCGUUGAAAGCUCUGCAGGGUGAUGUUCGUGCCAAGGAAUUGGAAGUGGAUAAUGUUACCGAAAAGGCGCAAACUCUGCUGAAGGGACCCUCCACGACUCGAUCAUCUGGUCCCGAAUUGGUAACCAAAUAUCAGCAAAUCUUCCACAAGGUCAAGGAUUUGAACAAUCGCUGGCAACAAUAUGUUACUUCGCAUGAGGACUUUGAUAACUCGAUCUCUGAGUGCACAUCGUGGAUUAAUGGCAUUAAAGAGAAAUUGGACUACUGUUCCGAUAUGUCUUCCAUGAGUCAGAAGGAGUUGGACAAAAAGCUGGCCACCAUACAGGAUGUGAUUCUGCAAAAGGACGAAGGUUCGGCGCGUGUGCUCAAGAUCUUGGAGCAGGCGCAACAUGUGCUGGCAAAUACUGCACCCGCUGGCCACGAGGCCAUCAACAAAGAGCUGUCGGAAUUGCAGGAUCUGUGGUCGGGCAUUGCGCUCCGCAUUAUGGACGUCAAGGCGAACCUUGAUGAUUCCAUCACACAAUGGUCAGGCUUCCUGGAUCAAGUGCAAAAUGUGCGCAAGUUCAACGAAUGGUUGGAUGCCUUGCUGAAGGAAUUGGGUGAGCAUCAGACAACAAUGACAGAGAAACGUGCGCAGCUCGAUCGCGUCAAGUCGACGGAGGAGAAGGUGCGCGUUGAGAAGAUCGAUGUGGAUUCAUUGAAGAUUCAAGCCAAGGAAAUGAUUGCCAGCGGCCAACAGAGUCAGGCUGCUUUCCAGGCACAAAAAGUGCUUGACACCUUCGACGAAUUGUUUGCCAAGACACAGAAAUUGUUGUCCGAUCGCCAGGAUCAGCACCGAGAUCAUCGCCUGUUCAAGGAAGCCUAUGAUGAUCUUGUUAGCUGGAUAAGCCGUGCUCGGGAGAAAUUCCCCGCAUUGAAACAGAGUAGUCUCAGCGAUAAGCUGGCCAUCGAGAAUGCUGUGCAGGCCACCGAGCAACUAUUGAAUAAACAAGCACAGGGUGAGCUGCUGGUCGAGCAUUUGGUGCACACGGGUGAGGUGGUUCUGGCAAGUACUUCGACACAGGGCCAAGAGAUCAUACGCAAUGAUAUACGCGCACUACGUGAUAGCUUCGAAAGUUUGUUCCGCGAGAUCAAUCAGCAGAAGGAGAACUUGGAAGUUACCAUGGUGCAAUGGCGUGCAUAUAAGGAGGAGUAUGAACGUCUUAUGGAGUGGCUCCAACAGAUCGAUAUACUUGUGAAGAACCACAAACUAAACCUCUGCCCAAAUCUGCCCGACAAGGAAAAGCAAGUCGCUGAUAUGCGCGAUGUAAUGUCACGCCUGGAGAAGGGCAAGGACGAUAUUGAUAAAUUCAAUGCUUCUGCGGCGGGCUUACUCAAAUCCCAUUUGGACAGCUAUGUCAACAAUCAGCUCAGACACUUGGGCUCCGUCUACCAGGUACAGGUAAAUUUGGCCAAGGAUGUGCUGAAGAAAGUGGAAACCAAUCGCGAUCAGCAUCGCGAAUACGAUGCCAAUAUGAAGUCGGCCAAGGAAUGGAUAGCAAAUGCCAAACAAACAAUUCAGUCGGCUGGCGAAGGUGCCGGUUCCAAGGAGGCUCUACAGCGCCGUCUGGAACACAUUCAGGACCUCAUACGCAAUCGUGAACUAGGCCAAAAUCUCGUACAUACAGCCAUUAAUAAUGGUGAAAAGAUUAUUCGGAAUACACGCUCCGAUGGUCGCGAGGCCAUCAACAAUGAAAUGAAGGAGCUGCAAACCGAUUGGGAUCGACUUGUUAAGAAAAUGUCCACCGCCAAGGUGCAGCUCGAAACAAAUCUACUGCAAUGGGCCGAUUACAGUUCCAGCUAUUCGCAGCUACAACAAUGGAUUACAGACAGGGAGGCCAAACUGCAGCAGGCAUGCGAGCAAAAGAUUAUUAAAUCCCAGCGUGGUCAGCCAGGGCUCAGUAGUGGUCUUAGCGAGCGCAAAGCGAAUCUACGCCAGACCAACAACAUUGUCCAGGACAUUGUCUCGUUUGAGCCAAUGAUCCAAUCGGUGACAUCGAAGGCCUCCGACCUACAACAGGGCGCACCCGCUACAGAAAUAUCCGACAAGUACGAGAAUCUAACCAAGCAGGCCAAGGAUCUGUAUGCCAAGCAGAAGAACACUAUUGAUAGCUAUCAGUCACUGAUCGAUGCUGGCAACGAUUUUGCCAGCUGGCUGCGUAAUGCCAAGGAACGACUGAGCAAGUGCUCCGAACCAACGGGUGACAAGCAGGCGCUGGCGGAGAAAACACAUCAGCUAAAGAUUUUGCAAGGUGAGGUGCCCGAGGGUGCGAAAAAACUGCAAAAUGCUUUGGAACAGGGUGAGAUUGCCUGUCGCACUGCAGAGCCCGAGGAUUGUGCGAUAAUCGAAGAGGAGGUCGCUCUGCUGCAGGAGGAGUUCGAUGCUUAUGUGGAGGCCCUCAACAAGGCAAAGGAUUACCUAGAGGUGGGCAUUGUCAAGUGGUCAGACUAUCAAGAUCAAUACACCGAGGCGCUUGAGUGGUUAACAAAAACCGAAGCUUUGGUGCAGUCCUACAAUAAACUGCAGGACAGUCUUACCCAAAAGAAGGUAGUGCUGGAACAAUUCCAAGGCCAUUUGCAAACACUCUUCGACUGGCAGAAGACACUGGAUCAUCUGAACAUGAAGGCUCAGGUUUUGCUCGAAACUUGCUCCGAUACGCGCAUCAGCAAUGCUAUCAUGCAGCUGACAACGAAAUACAAUGCGCUGCUUACAUUGGCCAAGGAGGUUAUGCGACGCUUGGAGAUGCACUACCAGGAGCAUCAACAACAUCACACUCUCUACGAGGAAUGUCAGUCAUGGAUUGAGAAUACGCGUGAAAAGCUCGCAGACUGCGAACAAAUACCCGGCACCCUCAACGAGGUGCAAAUCAAAUUAAACACUGUUAAGAAUUUGCGUCAAGGCUUCGAAACUGGCCAGAACAAGUUGCGCUAUCUACUGGAGCUCAAAGAGAAGGUCAUAAUGAAUACCGAACAGAAUGGUGCGGCCAAAAUACAAGAGGAUACCGAAGCCCUAAAGCAGGACUUUGAUAAACUGCUCGUGGACCUCAACGAUGUGCGACAGAAGUUGGCCAAUCGUCUCGCUCAGUUGGAGGAGAUCUUCAAGCUGUACAAGAUUUUGCUUGAGUGGCUGGAGGACAUUGAGCCCAGUGUUAAGGCCAGUGAAGAGUAUCUGAACGAUCUAAGCGAGAAGCGUGCUGCACUGGAGAAAUUCCGUGUCACACAACGUGACAUCAAUGGACACAACGAUAUUGUGGAAAAGAUUAAUGUACGCCUGCGUGAGGAUACCAGUCUGGACAAGAACGAUUUUGCACCAGGUCUUAGCAAGUUCGAGGAUCUGCAAGCUCAAGUGAACAAGAUCAUUGAGUCGCUGGAGAACCAGGUGAACAAUCAUGAGAAAUACAAGCAAGCCUACAAUGAGUUGCAAGAUUGGCUGCGUCGCACACGCAUCGAGGUGGAGCAGUGCGCCGAUUGCCAUGGCGAGAAAGAUCAAGUUGAGGAUCGUCUCAAUCGUCUGGGUGAUAUACAGGCUACGUCCCUGGAGGGUAAAUCACUCCUGGAUGCUUGCGAAGAGCUUAGCCAGGCGGUGAUUGCCACCAGCGGCAGCGAAGGACAAGAUAAUGUGGCCCAAGAGAUCAAACACCUGAAUGGUGAAUGGGAAACCCUGCAGGCCUUAUCACGAGAUGCUCGCAGCGGUCUGGAGUCCUGUUUGGCCGCUUGGCAGACUUUCCUGCAAAAGUUCAACAAGAUCAACUUGUGGAUUGAGACAAUGAGCAAGCGCGUUGCCAAAUCAAAGGAAGCCGAUAAUAAAACCACCGAAGAUUUGGUCAAUGCCAAGAAACUACUCGACGAGGUACUGGCCGAGAAGGAGAACGUCGAGGAUCUCAAUGACAACUGUGAGCUGCUUAUGGAGCAGAGUGCAUGCACUCGCAUCCGCGAUCAAACCAUUGAGACUCAGGCCAAUUACACCAAAUUGUUGACUGCUGCCCAGGGACUGGUUGCCAAGAUCGAAAAGAAUCUGUCCGACCACACCGAGUUCCUCAACUAUAAAAAGGAAAUGGAUGCAUGGAUCGAAAAGGCUCAGCAAGUGCUCAAUGAUUGCAGCAUCGAUGGUGAUGCCAAUGUCAUUGCCCAGAAAUUGGAGACAGUCAAUUCACUGGCCUCCCAUUUGCCCGAGGGACAACACUUGCUGGCUAUGGUCCAAGAUGCCUAUUCGAAGGCCUCCAAUAUUACGCCCGAGGACAAACAGGAGAAACUACGUGAGCUGAUGACCAAGGUGCGUGAGGAUUGGGAUGCUUUGGGUCUGGCUGUCAAGCAGAAGCUUAGCGACUUGAAGCAAGCCCAAAAUCGUUGGAACGAUUUCGCUGCCAAUAAGGAUAAACUUGACAAGUGGCUGCUCGAAACAGAGAAGGCACUGAAGGUAGCUCCAUCGACCAAGGGUGAGUUGAGCGAGAUGAAAACGCUUCUGGAGCGCUACAAGACGCUAGGCAAUGAGCUCAAACAGAAGGGCAAUGAUCUCGAGCAGCUAAUGUCGGAGGCACGUGAUCUGGGCACCGAGGUGGAUGCCGUCAAUCGCUUGCAGUCCCGUUGCGAUAAGCUGAAGAAUGACUGUGCCGGUUAUAUCAAGGAUCUGGAACAGGAGAUGCUCGAUUACAAUGCAUACCAUCAGAGUCUCCAGGAUGUGGAGAAAUGGCUACUGCAAAUUUCCUUCCAACUGAUGGCACACAAUUCGCUAUUCAUUUCAAACCGCGAACAGACGCAGGAGCAGAUUAAACAGCAUGAGGCACUGCUGGGCGAGAUUCAAAAGUAUCAGACCAAUUUGGAUGAUCUGAAUGCGAAGGGUCAGGCGCAAAUUAAACGCUAUGAGGCCACAACGCCCACAAUACGGCCAACGGUUGAGUCCCAAUUAAAGAACAUCCAGGACAGCUACAAUUCGUUGUUGCAGACAUCGGUUCAAAUCAAGAAUCGCCUGCUGGAGUCGCUGGCCAAGUUCCAGGAGUACGAGGAUACGCUGGAUAAAAUCAUGCGCAAUUUGGAAACCUAUGAGCCAAUUAUACAAACCGAACUGGAUGCACCAGCUACCAGCUUGGAGUUGGCGCAGAACCAACUCAAGUGCGCUCAAGACAUGCAAAACAAACUGAACAACGAGAAGUCCAGAUUGGCAGCAGCCGUUCAGGCCUGUGAGGCAGCAACAGCAUCGAUAAGCCGUCCAAGCUCUCCGCUCGAAACAGCCAUGCAUGCCAUACCCGAACGUGAAUUGAUUGUCCGCGCCAAGCUCGAAGAUCUGCUGGAUCAGGUGCAAUCCCACUUGGGUGGUUUGACUGCAUCCGUUAGCGAACUGGAGCAACAGCAGAAGCAGCGCGGCGAACUUCAGGAUUGGGUUAAGAAGCAACAAAGCUCUGUCGGCGAUUGGCUAAUGCGGCCAUGCAAACUGCGUCCCGAGGCCGCCCAACAGGAGCUGGUCGCCAUGAACGAUCUAUUGAAUUCCAUUGGCGACAAACGCUCCCAGCUGAUGCUCGAAAUGACUGGUUCAUUGGGCGAUGAGGACACUGAUUUGGAUGACAACAUUGAUAAGUUGGAAUCGGAGCUAAUGGACGCAAUUGCCAAGAAGCAGGCGGGCCAGAAUGUUAUCGAUGGCUAUCGCCAGGGCAUGCAGGAUGUGCAGAACUGGUUUGAUACCCUAAUCAAGCGCAUGGAUGUGUUGGAUCGCGGCUCGGGACUGAAUUGUGCCCAGAAGAUGGCUGCCAUCAAUGAGAUUAAAAAUGAGUACGAAUUGCAGGGCCAUCCCAAGAUACAAGAGCUCAAGGGCAAGGCCGCUCAGGUGGCGGAGGUCAUCAGCAAUUUGGACGGCCAACAGGUUGAGGAGCAAAUGAAAUCGCUGGAUCGUCGCUUUGCCGAUCUGGGUAAGCGUAUCGAUCGCAAGUCUCAACUGUUGGACGUGACCAACAAAGGAGUCGACGGCGCCAAGGGUGAAAUUGAACAACUGCAGCAAUGGGUCAAGCAGCAAAUCGAUGAGUUGCAAGCACCAGCCGCACUUGGCUAUUCCCCCAAAGAUGCCGAGGCGCGCCAGCAGAAGAUCAAGAGCCUGAUGAAAGAUGCGGAGGCAAAGCAAUCGCUUGCCGAUGUGCUCGAGAAGCGUAUCGCUAACAUGCAGCCCGAAUUGGAAUCGGCAGAAUAUGCCCAACUCGAGUCGGCGUUGCGUAAUCUCAACAGCGAGAAUCGCAAUCUGUCCGGCGUCCUAAAGGCGGAGCUAGAUCGUGCACUGGAGGCGAGCAAGGCGCGCAAAGCGCUGGAGAAUGAUUUGGAUAAGGCACGUCAAUGGCUGAAGACCAAAAUCUCUGAGGUGCGCAAGCUGCCUGUUUAUCAUCCGCUUACAUCCACGGAGAUCGAGAAGAAAAUCCAGGAGAAUAAGAAAUACGAUGAUGAUGCCAAGCAAUUCAAUGACAGCGUCCUGACCGAUGUUCAACGUCAAGCGGCGAACAUUAUGAAGGAUUGUGGCGAUGGCGACAAGGCAGCAUUGCAGCAAAUUCUCGAUGAGAUCGCAGCCGACUAUCAGACCUUGAAGGAUGAGAGUGGCAAGCGUGGUAAAUCCUUGGAUGAUCUACUCCAGGGUCGCAAGGCCUUUGAAGAUUCGAUGAAGAAGAUGGGCGACUGGCUGAACGAAAUGGAAACUGCAAAUGAAAGUGAAUUGCGUACAACGAGUCUGCCCGUCCUUGAGGAGCAGCUGGCGCACUACAAGAAACUCCUGCAGAAUGCCGACAAUAUGGGUGGCCUCAUCAACGACGUGUCCGAGCAGGGCAAGAGCAUCCUGCCAACGCUGAGCAAUGCAGACAAACUGAAACUGAAUGAUGACAUUAAGAACAUGAAGGAUCGCUUUGGACGCAUCAAGCAGACGAUCGAUGAUCGUGUGAACACCUUGGGUGAUCACAUCAAGAAGUACAAGGAUGCCAAGAAUAGACUGGCAGAUUGCAGUCAAUUCCUGGGCAACAUACAGCAGCGUCUGCGCGAGCUAAAUCGACCCAUUGGCUCCCGGAUUGAGGAUGUGCAGGAUCUGUUGGGAGCGUAUGAGGGCAUCUUGAAGGAGCUGAAGGAUAGCAAGCAUAAAAUGGGUGACAUGCAAAUGGAUGAUCUGCCCGAAUUGCAGAGCAUUCUCGCACAACAGGACGACAUGAUUAAAUUGAUUGAGGAUCAAUUGGCACAUUUGCGUCAAUUGUUGCUGCUGCGCGAACAAUUCAUCGCACUCAUCAAUGAAAUUAUUGCCUUCAUUAUGAAGUACACCGAUGUCAUAAUCGACAUUGAGAACUCACCGGACAGCCUCGAGGACAAGAUCAACAAGUACGAUGAUGUCAUUGUGAAGAUACAGGAAUGCGAGGGUAUUCUGGCAUCGGCCAAUGACAAGGGUCAGAAGAUUGCCUCCGAAGGCAAUGCGGCCGACAAGAAUAGCAUCACUGAGCAACUGCAGUCGCUGAAGAAUCAAUUGCAGAAUCUACGCAAGGCGGUCGAAUCGCAGCGCCAGAAGCAUCAGUUGCAAUUGGAAUCCCACAAGAAGAUGGCCAAUGAUCUGAGCGAGAUUCUGGACUGGUUGCACAACAACGAGGGCAUCGCCAAGUCGCGUCCACUACUCGAUCGUGAUCCCGAAUCUGUCGAACGUGAGCUGCAAAAGCAUCAAUCGCUCAGCCAGGACAUUGAAGCACAUUUACAAAAGUUCAAUAAGAUCAAUGCGAGUGUCAAGACAGAUGUGGGCUUGCCCAGUUCUCUGUUGGAAAUGCUGUCCGAGGGUCGUUCCCUGGUCGCCUCGCUGCCCCAUGAGCUGGAGGAGCGCGAAAAGUAUUUGAAGAACAAUCGUGACUCCCGUUUGGAGUACAUGCAGCUGGUGGCCAAGUUUAAUGAUUGGGUGCACGAGGCAGAGUUGCGUUUGCAGAAUAGCCAGCAUGGCAUUGAUUACGCAAAUCUCGUUCACGAUCUGGACGAGCACAAGAUCUUCUUUGGCAAUGAGGCACCCAUCCGGAAUUUGGUGCACAAGCAAAUUCAGGAAGCAUCCGACAAAAUCUGGUCAUCCCUGAACAAUUACGAACAGUCCGAGCUAUCCGCCGAACUAACCCAGUUCCAAACCAAAUUGGCCAACACAUUGUCCAAUGCCAAGACACAGCAGAGCGACUUGGAGAAGGAGGCGGAACGCUGGCGCGAAUAUCAACAGUCCAUCGAUCGCGUCAAGGCCACCAUUGAGCGCACCAAAUUCAGCGAUGAGCCCGUCCAGAAUUUGGCUGGCCUCCACUUUAAUAUUCAGAAGCUGUCGCAUGCCAUUGGAAAUAUACAGAGCCAGAACAGUGACUUGUCGCUCGUCAAUCAGCAGGCGCAAUCACUCAUACGCCAAGCGGACGCACGCAAUCGCCAGCUGAUUGAGCAGGAUAACGCCGGAUUAAAUCGCGACUGGCAGGAUCUGGUGCACAGUUUGGAACAGAGACGCGACAGCCUGCAACAGUUGGCCGAACAUUGGGAUUCCUUCGAGAACGGCUUGCACGGCUGGGAGAAGGCAUUAGGUCGCUUGGCAGAUAAGUUCCGCAAUGUCGACCCGACUGUAAGGUCCCGACGUCACUUGGAAGAUACAAAGAAUGCCAUUCAGGAACUGCGUGAAGAAUCAAAUGAACUUAAAUCAUCACAUAAAGAAAUCGAAGCGCUCUCAAAAUCCAUCCUCACAUUCCUUGGGGAAGUACACAAACCCUCGGCGGAGGCCAUACAGGCCAAAGUGGAUAAGUUAGUCGAACAGCAAUCAAAAUUGAACGAUACGCUACGCGAAAAGGAUCAACAGGUUGGCAAGGAUCUCGAGGAGAUCGAGCAAGUGUUCCGCCGCAUCUCACAGCUGCAGGAUAAAUUGAACGCACUGCACGAACAAAUUCAAGCUGUUCACGUUUACGACGAGCACAUCGCCCAAACGGAACAGGCCCUAAUCACACUUAAUAGCCAGGUGCAACAGGCCGGCGAGGAGAGUCGCUCGCUGGUUGCGCAAACCCAAUCGCACUACCAGACCAAACAGAAUCUACUGCCCAGUGAUAUUGCCCAAGAGUUUACCGCACUCGAACUAUUAGCGGAACGCGUACAGGUGGCCAUGGAGACCAAAGAGAAGGAUUUCAAGCGGGCCAAGACCGUGCGCACCGAAUAUGUUGCCGGCGUGGAUGAGAUUCAGCGCUGGCUAAUGCAGGCUGAGGUUCAGGUGCAGGAGCGCACAUUGGAGCCGACACAGAUGAAGGAGGUGCUGCAGCGCAUCAAUCAUGAAAUUGGCGCCAUCUAUGAACGCUUCACUUUGGUCAAGACCAACGGCCAGCUGAUCAUUGAGAACUGUCGCAACAGCGAGGAGAAGACGCUGGUGCAAUCGACCAUUGAUCAGUUGGCCGCCCAGCUGGCCCAAGUCCGUGGCUGGCUAGAUGAGAAAAAGCAGGCGGUAGGCGAUAGCCUGGAUGCAUGGACACGCUUCAUGAAUCUGUAUCAGAUAGUCAUGUCCUGGGUGGCGGAUAAGCGCACCUUCAUCGAUCAAUCGAUUGAGUUGCACACACUGCCCGACGCAAGGAUCAAAUUGAAUGAUUAUGUGGCGGCUGUGAAGAGUAUUAAACCGAUUGUGAAGCAUUUGAGCGAAAUGGAUAAAGAACUGGAACACAUUGGUCAGGUGACGACCGUGGGCGAUCUCAAGGAUAAACUGCAGCAGGCCGAGGAUGCGAAGAUAGCCGUGGAAGCAGUGCUGCUGGAGAGAAACUCGCUGCUGCAGGAGGCCUGCGAGGAGUGGGAUCAAUGCGAGCGCAAGGUGAAGGACAUACGCGCCUGGCAUGAAAAGACCAAACAAACAUUGGACUCAUCGCCGCAGCUAAAGAAGCCGCUGCGCGAUCAAUUGGGCUACUGUGAAAAGACUCUAGCAGACAUUAAUGUGCAAAAAACCAAAAUGAGAUUGUCUAUUGAAAAACUGGAGGUACACUUCCGCAAUGGCAUGGGCGGUGAUCCGCGCCUCAGCGAGAAUGUUGAUGAUUUGGUGCGUUUGCUCGAUGGUCUCGGCGAUUUGGUUCGCUCCAAAUCGCAGAGCCUGGAGCAGACGCUGAGCCAAAUCGAUGUAUACCAACAGCAAAUGCAAACGCUCCGUCAGCGUAUUAUACAGGAGGAGCAACAGCUGCGUCUGGUGAUGGCACCUACGUACUUGCCACACGAUCGUGAGCGCGCAUUAGCCGAGCAACAGGCAAUGCGGCAAUCAAUCGAUGGCAUGCAGCAAUCCUACGACGCAACCGCCGCCCAAUCCUAUGCUCUGGAUCCACAUUCAGUGGUAACCACUUCAUCGACUGUCUCGUUGCUUAUGAAGCCAACGGCAGUAGGUCUAACCUAUGCUGAAGUGUUAUCAGGACAUGCGAGUCCGGUAAGCGGUAAUGAAACGUCGACCACAUCCAGACAAGAAAUUCAAGAAACCCCGACAACAACGACAACGAGUCAAGAACAACAACAACAACAAACGAACUUGAACCAAACAAUCACAACAACGACAACAACCACAAUGACGACUACCGUACGUACGCACGAGGAUGACCCAUUACAAAUGGAGUCAAGCGAAUCAAGCUCCAAUUUACCCACUGUGCUCUAUAAGCGCAAGGAGCAACAACGUGUUACACCACCCAACAGCAGCAGUACAACUAUUUCAGAGUAUGAUGAAUCGACCAGCUUUACACCCAUAGAUCAAACAGUUCCUAGCACUAGCGCCAAUCCAAAUAGUCAGUUUAUCGAGAUUGAGCGUAAUCAGCAGCGACGCGUAAAUCCAGGUGAGAAAUUGCAGCCGCCGCGUCCCGAACGUCGCGGCCGUUCACCGCGACGUAGACGCGAGCCACAAGCCAACAUACAGGUGGAGCAGCCACAACAGCAACAGCAACAACCACAACAACAUCAACAUCAACAACAGCAACAACGACAUCAGCAAGAACAUCAACACCAACAACUUUAUAUACCACAAGGGGAUCGCGCACGUUCACGCAGUCCCAUGUGGGUGCCAGGUUCCACAUCCUAUGCGGAAGUUCUUCGUGGUUUGGAAUUGGAGCGCUUGCAAGCCGAAGAGCUAGCAAGACAAACGGCGCAGCCGCAUGCCGAUCUAACCAUACAGGAUGUAGUAGAUGCCAGUGCCGCAGCGGCCAGCAUUUAUGUGCCACAAACCACAUCAGAACAACAUCCACAGCUUGCAGAGCAGCAAUUUAUUAGCGAGCCCAACACGGAGCUUGCCUAUAUUCAGCAUCAACAACAACAAUUGGAGCAAAAACAACAGCAACAACAACAACAACCGCAGCAGCAGAUCAGUGGCUAUACAGUGCCAAUGAGUGCAGAGGAGAUAACCGCGACGUAUUUGCAGCCAGAUCCUCAGCUAUAUCAGACCAUGUAUGAGAAUGUGGCCGAUAGCGGUCAAUGGGGCUAUGUCGCGCAACCAAAUGGCGACGCACAGCAACAGCAGCAGCAGCAGACAAUGCCACAGAAUUACUAUGAUCAAAUUAUGCAGAUGCAGUACCCCAUACAAUAUCAGCCUGUUGCGGUGCCACCCGCGACGACACAGUAUCAGUUGCUAACGGGUUAUUAUCAGCCGGUUGCUCAAACAGAGACAUAUCCAACGGUUUAUACCACGACGGAUUCUUCACAAAUCUACUAUGCACCACAACAGUCAACUGAGUACACACAGGAAUAUACGCCACAACAGCAGCAACCUGAGAUACCAUCAGAUGUGGCCGCUUAUCAGCCGGAAAUUGUUGAACAGUCCUAUCUGCUCGAACCCUAUCGUACGGAUGUAAACCUAACAACAAGCACAUCCACAACAGGUAACAGUGUACUCGAUCGUGUAGUGACAACACUUGCAUCCAUGGUGCAACAGAGCUCCGAACCACUGACCACGAGUACUCAGCAAAUACAGCCCACGCUUGUAACGCCACAUACGAAACCGGAGGAGCAAAUGCAACCCCAACAGGUAUUCGUCGAGGAGCAUGUCCAUAUGCUACGACCUGUCGAACCGCAAGAGUUUGAGAUGAAUGAGCCGCGACCCGACAUUACCUUUGGACAGUUUGAUGUCGAUGCUAUUGAGACGAUACCCGUUGAAAUACCUGAACCACAACAACAACCACAGCCUCAACACCAACAACAACAAUUGCAACAACAACAGCCACAGCAACCACAACCACAACCGAGUGUGACUAAAACGAGAUUUGUUGAGCAAACAAUUGUCUCGGAGUCGGUACAGCCAACUGUGAUAGUAAAUGAGAGUAAGGAUAUUGUCGCCGGCCCAGAGACUGUCAUCGUUCGUCCGCAAGUGCAACAGCCCAAUCAGAAUGUCUAUCAGCAACAAGAUCCAAGUACUGGCAGCACCUAUGCCGAGGUGCUCUUUGGUCAACAACAGCAUAGUAAAGCACAUCCAGUUUUCCAGCCAUCCAGUCAGCAACAGAUUCCAGUACGUGUAGCGGUUCCCAUGCCGCAAAUUCGCAAUGCUGAGCAUGCAACAACAACAACAACAAAGCAUACAACAACAAGCACAACGACGACUAGAAACCAGCACGGCAGAUGGGCAGAUGACAAUCCAGACACAAGGAAUGCCAAACCUAAGCGACAGCGACAUGAACAACAACCAGAGCCGUUGCCAAUAAAGGUCAGCAGUCGCAAAGACCCCAAAACGGGCAGGAAACACAAAUCUCCUGACAGCAAUGAAACAACGCAUACCCAUGUAGAGAAAACUACUAUUGUGGAUAGUGCGUCUGCACCAGAGGAGUCGCACAAGCAUCCAGAACCAAAACCUAGAAAAUCUAAAAGGACCAAAUCUCAAACUGAACAUGUACCAGAAACUACAAUUACCAGCAAACAGAUUGUGGAACCGGUCGUGGUGGUUCCAACAGUUAAGGAGGAAAAGCAACAAUCCAACAUUGUGGAAACGACAAACACCUCAAAGAAAACCACUAAACCGCCUGUUGAAAUUGCUAAAGAACAGGAAAUUAUCACGAAAGUAGAACCUAUUGUUAUUCAAGCACCCAAUAAAAAGGAUAGAAAGAAGCCUUCAACAGUUGUCGAAACCACAACUAUCACAACAAAAACAGUGGAACCGAUUGUAGAAGUCAUCAGACAGACGGAAACAAUCCCUGUUGAAAAGCCAACUGCUGAUAUUGCAGACAUUGUUACUGCUCCUUCAAAGAAGGAUAGAAAGAAGCCCAAAGCUAUUGUGGAAGUAACUACGGUUCCCGAGAAAGUAGUUGAGCCUGUCGAAGAGAUCGUUAAGCCGGCAGAAGUUGUAUUUGUAAUAGAACCUACUGUUGAUACAAAUACCACUAUUCAGGCUCCAUCUAAAAAAGACAAAAAGAAGCCCAUAUCUGUGGUGGAAACAACGACCAUAUCAACGAGCACAGUUGAACCAGCUGUUGAAGUCAUCAAACAGACGGAGACACCACCCAUUAAGGAAUCUAUAGUGGCUACGUUGACAACUUUCAACCCGAUUGAGCCAAUUAUCGACAUCGUCAAAGAAAUGGAAGUUGAUGAAACAAUAAAAUCUGCAAUAGAGCCAAUAUGUGAUAUCAAAACUACAACAAAGGAGGAUACAAAUCUGUCAGAGAUUACAACGCCAUUUAAAACAGACGACUCAAAUAACGUUGUUUCCAUGAUUGAAACAAUUGUUGCUCAACCUGUGGAGACAGUUCAUUAUACUUCUCAUUCUACUCAAGAGUUCGAGCCUACAACACUAUCAAGUAUCGAAACUGAUGAAACAUUAAUGGAAAGCGAGCCUACGGUAACAACAUCGACCAACACGAUUUCCACCGAAAGCGGUACAACUACAAUUACUACCAGGACCAUCACAAAACACAUCACAAAGCGCAUAGUCAAGCGAAUUGUCGAUGGUAGAGAGGAAAUUGUUGAGGAAGAUGUAGUCGACGAUUUGCCUGAAGAAAAAAUUUCCGUGGAACAGUUCGAAUUACCAUCGGUGGAAACGACAAGCUUGAGUACAGUCCCCGGAAGCAUAAUGGUACCUGGAUUGAAUGCAACGCUCGAUACAACUGUUGUUCAGGGCGGUUCCAUUACAAAAACAACAAUAACCAAAACGAAGCGAAUUCUUAAACGGAUUACCGCGGACGGUGAUGAAAUUGUUGAGGAAGUCCUGGAGGACGAGCCAGAGGUGGAGCGUGAUAUUACUUUACUACCAACUACUGUGCUUACUUCCCGAAACGUUACAUCCAAUGAUCAAUCGGUUGCACCUCAAGAAGCUAUUAUUGAUGCUGCACACCAUGCAGUUGAAGAAAUUGUCGAUCAAGCUGAACAAAUAAUUGCGCCAGAGCCACAAAAGCCACCGCGUAAGGACAAAAAAGAACCAGAAAGCUUAACUGUAAAGGAACCAGCUGUUGUCGUUGAGGUAGAGCAGAAACCACAAAAGCCAACUAGAAAGGAUAAGAAGAAGCAGAAGAAAUCAGAGAGUGAGGAAAUCAAACCGAAAACUGAUGCCAUACAAAUACCAGAUAGUCCCAUUGUGCAAACUGUAGCUGAAAUAAUUGAGCCACAAGCACCACUAGAAACCACAGAGCCCCUGAAUACAACAAGUGCAAUUACAAUUGACGAGAAACAAACUCAGUCAACCGAUGGAUCUGUUAUCAGCGAUGAUGGCAGCCUAAUCAAAACGACCGUCAUACGUACAACAAAAAUCGUGAAAAAAAUCAAUCAACAAGAAAGUCAGGAAAUGUCCACAUCAACUCAUUCGGAUGCACGUUCGCUGGAUUCUUUCGAAAUGGCGGAAGAAGCCACAGAACAGCCGAAAGUAGAGAAAUCUGAAAUGAAUAGUCGUGAGGUCAGCGAUGAGGGUGUAGUUAAGACAACUAAAACGACUACCACACGAACAAUAAAGAAUGCCAAAACUGAGCCAAACAAAGAACCAAUUGUUGAACCUGUAACUGAAAUUGAAGUUGCACCCGAAUCAAAAACAUCUGAUGAAACAUUACUUACCGAAGAUGGUUCUGUGCUAAAAACUACAAUUGUGCGCACAACUAAAAUAGUAAAGAAAAUUUCACAAGAUUCGGAAAAUAUCAGUGAAUACAGUUCUGCGUCUGAUUCUUAUUUACCACCUGUUGAAACCAUAAUUCUGGACGCACCAAUCGUAGCCGAAUCGGUCACCACCGAAUCGAACAGUGAGGGCAUUAAGAAAACUACAACGACGCGUACCACAAAGGCUGUAAAACCAACUACAAGCGAGAGUGUAAAUGAGCCGCAAGAUUUAGUCAAACCUGCAGCUUCUGAACCGAUUUCCGUCGAACCGCAACAGACUGUAGAACAAUGGCUGAUUGCGCCAAAGACUAAGGAUGUGAUUGAAGACAGGAAUAUUAAGUCAACAACAUUGGACUUUAUAGCCUCUGAAAAGCAAACUGCACAGCCUGAGCCUGAAAAGAAAUCCCCGAAAUCCAAGAAGCAGGACAAACAAAAGGAUAUUCCAGUUUCUUAUGAACCUAAGCAAACUGAACAGACCACGGUAACCAUAACUAAGGAAGUUGUUGCUCCAGUCGUUGAAGAAAUGCAAACUGCAGAGCCCGUGCCUGAAAAGAAAACGAGAAAAUCAAAGAAGGCUGAGAAGGCAGAGAGGCGAAAGGAAGCUCUAGUUACAUCGGAACCUAAGCGAACUGUAGAGCCACUGCUAAUCACGUCUCAGGAAGUUGCUGCUCCAGUUGAAGAUGAGCCAAAACAAGUUGUCCAAGCUGCUGAAAUUGUGGUAUCGGAACCUUACGAAGCAAACGUUGGCAAUGAUGUUGUUAAAACUACAAUUGUGAGAACGACCAAAAUUGUUAAGAAGAUUGCACAAAAUGUUGAUAACCAGAACGUGACGGAAGGGGAAAUCCAAAUUCCUGUUGAGUGUGCUCCUGUUGCUGAUGAAACAACAAGUGAUGAUGUUGGUGGUGUAACAAAAACAACAACCGUGCGUACGACGAAAAUUGUGAAGAAGCUGAAUGAAGAUGGCGAAACAACCACAGAGAGCAGCAGCACAAUAAGUGAACCGAUCACCGUACGGGAAGCCUCUCCGACGAUUUCAGAAGCACAGAGUGAAACUUCGACCACAUCCAGUCAAAUUGAUGGGGCAAUUAUCAAGACAACCACAAUUCGUACAAUGCGAAUAACUAAGCGAGUAACAAAUGACGGACGUAUAGUUAUUACCGAAAGUGACGCACCUAGCGAUGUUAUUGUUACAUCCAGCAUUGAAAUGCCAGAUCAAAGACCAAUUAGCCCCAUUGUAUCUUCGCAUGCACUUUUGGAGACAUCUCCACCAGUUGUCACCUCUACAAGCGAAUUCAAAUUAGCGAAUGUUGGUGUCAAUAUUGAUUUGGGUCCUAGGGACUCUGCCAGCAAGUCAGGCAUUAAGGUCUUAGAUAUUGAAACAACAGAAUUACCUACUGUAAGCGCCGAAUAUAAUUCAUCAAAUGAGAUUAUAAACCAGACAGAUCGCACUGCUACUACUACAACGACAACGACCAGAAAUACGAUCCUCACAACGACACAACGACGUAGCUUCGAAACCGAAGAUGGCACAAAUGUUCUUUUCGUUGGAGAAGGCAUUGACGGUGCCUAUCCGCCAGGCACAGUUCAAAAAAUUUCUUUAAUAACUCACGAAGAAAAGCUGAAGACUCCUAUCGUGAAAAUGCAUCUAGAUUUUCCAGAGGUUAGUCUUCGCGUGACCGAGACUGUGACUGAAAACGUUGAAUCCCUGCAUAGAACUGCCGAUAGUGAUAAGACUUCUAUAGUUGAGUUCGCUGAAUCUGAGCCAGUUGUUGUCGAGUCAGUUAUUUCGGAUUCUUCCGAUCAGAAACUUCCUGUUGCUAAAACAGAUUCGAUCGAACAGGUUGACAAGCCAAGUGUAGUAGAGAAGAAUAUUAAACCCCCGUCUGAUCUAAGUCCAGAAGAGCAAAAACUGUUCGAAGAAAUCCAGAAGAAACUGUCAAAGAAAGAUAAGAAAAAACGUCCUGCCAUUCCCGAAGAGUUCAUAAAGCAAGAAACUACUCAGGUCAUUGUUGAAGAAAGCAAAGGCAAUGAAACAAUUACUAUACCUAUUGCUGAUGAAAAGCAAUCUGUUAUCGAAAUUCCUAUAUCCAACGAUAUUCCAGUCCCAUUAGCGCAGAAUAUUUCUCAAGAUGUGCCAUUGAUUUCAAAAGCAAAUACCAUCGAGCAUGACAAAGUUGAUAUACUUUUCCAUGAAACAACGCAAGAAACGCCAGAAAUUACUUCUUCAAAAACUCAAGUAGAAACGCAAGCUGAUAUUCCAUGUGAAAUUCAAUUACUCCCUGAUCCUACUAAUAUCGCUAAUCAAAUUGUUCCUGCCAAGCCAAGCGCAUUAAUUGCUGAAGCAUUUGUGGCUAACACGGUAAGCACUUUAAAUAUCACUAAUAUUCCAAUUAUUUGUCCCACUGAAAAGAUUUUUGAAACUCCCAAAUAUGAUUUAUCUCAAUAUAAUACUGCUGAGGCCAAUUAUCACAUAAUCAAUUCUAAGCCAACGUCUGUAGAAACGCCCUCACCUUUGACACUUGAUCAACAAGAUCAAACUGUUGAAGAGACCUUACCGGUUGUAAGUACGGUUGAAUCUGUUGUGACUAAAACUUUGGUGGAUACAUCUCCCAAAAAUAUAGAACCAGUUUCCAUUGAAAAAGAUAAGAUAUAUGAAAUUCCACAAUACAAUAUAGCUACAUUCACAACAGCUGAAUGUAACUAUCACAUAAUCAAUAAUAAGCCAAUUCUUUCUACGCCAAUUGAGCACCCACAACAAAUGAUUGAAGAACGCAAAACGGUUGGUAGUUCUGUUGAUUCUCUUACAUCACCUGAAAUGAAAACGGUAUUUGCAAAUUUACCAAUUGAAACUUCUAAUACUACAAUAGUCCAGAUAACAGUACCAACAACUUUGGAUACUUCUAGUAAGAACAUUAAAGAAAUCGAGUAUAAUAAACCUUCUGUAUAUAACUUCGAGGUUCCAAAAUAUAAUACUAUAGACCAAAGCUAUGCGGAAAACUUGUUUAGAGAAAAUCUUAACAAAUCUGAAGAACUCAAGGAACAGACAAUCUCUGAAAAUGUAAUAGUCCCAGAAUCUCCGAUUUCGGAAGACAUGAAGACAACUGUGACCGUCACAACAACAACUGUGACUGAAACUAUAAGUGAAACUGUACUUCCGGAGGAGACAAAGGCAAAGGAACCAGCCAAGGAACUUGAAAAAGCAAUGACAGUGGAACCCGAAAAGAAACCCGAAGAACCAAGGGCAGUGGAACCCGAAAAGAAACCCGAAGAGCCCAAGAAACCAGCCUAUGCGGGCUUGCCUGUAGAUGACUCGAGUAGUUCUUGGAUGGAUGUUAUGGAUGAACCAAUGACAUUCUCUGAUGAGGAGGAAGAAGCACCCAUCCAUGAAGUUCCAGUUGAAAAGGCACCUGUUCCCGAAAAGAUUAAAACAUCAACAACUGAGACGGUUAUUGUGAAGGAUAUUGUUCAACCAGCUGAGCCUGAAAAGGUUCCGGAAACUUCAAUUUCAGAAGACACCAAGACUACCGUGACUGUCACUACAAAAACUACUGUGACGGAAACUGUCAGUGAGACUGCAAUUCCGGAGGAGUCCAAACCAGUGGAACCAGAAAAGAAACUCGAAGAACCAAAGGCAGUGGAUCCCGAAAAGAAACCCGAGGAACCCAAGAAACCAGCUUAUGCCGGUCUGCCUGUGGAUGACUCCAGUAGUUCUUGGAUGGAUGUUAUGGAUGAACCAAUGACAUUCUCUGAUGAGGAGGAAGAAGCACCCAUCCAGGAAGUUCCAGUUGAAAAGGCACCUGUUCCUGAAAAGAUUAAGACAUCAACAACUGAGACGGUCAUUGUAAAGGAUAUUGUUCAACCAACUGAGCCUGAAAAGGUUCCGGAGACUUCAGUUUCAGAAGACACUAAGACUACCGUGACUGUUACAACAAAAACUACUGUGACGGAAACUGUCAGUGAGACUGCACCUUUGGAGGAGCCAAAACCAGAGGAACCAGCAAAGAAACCCGAAGAACCAAAGGCAGUGGAACCCGAAAAGAAACCCGAGGAACCCAAGAAACCAGCUUAUGCCGGUCUGCCUGUGGAUGACUCCAGUAGUUCUUGGAUGGAUGUUAUGGAUGAACCAAUGACAUUCUCUGAUGAGGAGGAAGAAGCACCCAUCCAGGAAGUUCCAGUUGAAAAGGCACCUGUUCCCGAAAAGAUUAAAACAUCAACAACUGAGACGGUUAUUGUGAAGGAUAUUGUUCAACCAGCUGAGCCUGAAAAGGUUCCGGAAACUUCAGUUUCAGAAGACACUAAGACAACUGUGACUGUCACAACAAAAACUACUGUGACAGAAAUUGUCAGUGAGACUGCACCUUCGGAGGAGCCGAAACCGGAGGAACCAGCAAAGAAACCCGAAGAACCAAAGGCAGUGGAACCCGAAAAGAAGCCCGAGGAACCCAAGAAACCAGCUUAUGCCGGUCUGCCUGUGGAUGACUCCAGUAGUUCUUGGAUGGAUGUUAUGGAUGAACCAAUGACAUUCUCUGAUGAGGAGGAAGAAGCACCCAUCCAGGAAGUUCCAGUUGAAAAGGCACCUGUUCCCGAAAAGAUUAAAACAUCAACAACUGAGACGGUUAUUGUGAAGGACAUUGUUCAACCAGCUGAGCCUGAAAAGGUUCCAAAAACUUCAAUUUCAGAAGACACCAAGACUACCGUGACUGUCACUACAAAAACUACUGUGACGGAAACUGUCAGUGAGACUGCAAUUCCGGAGGAGUCCAAACCAGUGGAACCAGAAAAGAAACUCGAAGAACCAAAGGCAGUGGAGCCCGAAAAGAAACCCGAGGAACCCAAGAAACCAGCUUAUGCCGGUCUGCCUGUGGAUGACUCCAGUAGUUCUUGGAUGGAUGUUAUGGAUGAACCAAUGACAUUCUCUGAUGAGGAGGAAGAAGCACCCAUCCAGGAAGUUCCAGUUGAAAAGGCACCUGUUCCUGAAAAGAUUAAGACAUCAACAACUGAGACGGUCAUUGUAAAGGAUAUUGUUCAACCAACUGAGCCUGAAAAGGUUCCGGAAACUUCGGUUUCAGAAGACACUAAGACUACCGUGACUGUUACAACAAAAACUACUGUGACGGAAACUGUGAGUGAGACUGCACUUUUGGAGGAGCCACAACCAGAGGAACCAGCAAAGAAACCCGAAGAACCAAGGGCAGUGGAACCCGAAAAGAAACCCGAGGAACCCAAGAAUCCAGCUUAUGCCGGUCUGCCUGUGGAUGACUCCAGUAGUUCUUGGAUGGAUGUUAUGGAUGAACCAAUGACAUUCUCUGAUGAGGAGGAAGAAGCACCCAUCCAGGAAGUUCCAGUUGAAAAGGCACCUGUUCCUGAAAAGAUUAAAACAUCAACAACUGAGACGGUUAUUGUGAAGGACAUUGUUCAACCAGCUGAGCCUGAAAAGGUUCCAAAAACUUCAAUUUCAGAAGACACCAAGACUACCGUGACUGUCACUACAAAAACUACUGUGACGGAAACUGUCAGUGAGACUGCAAUUCCGGAGGAGUCCAAACCAGUGGAACCAGAAAAGAAACUCGAAGAACCAAAGGCAGUGGAUCCCGAAAAGAAACCCGAGGAACCCAAGAAACCAGCUUAUGCCGGUCUGCCUGUGGAUGACUCCAGUAGUUCUUGGAUGGAUGUUAUGGAUGAACCAAUGACAUUCUCUGAUGAGGAGGAAGAAGCACCCAUCCAGGAAGUUCCAGUUGAAAAGGCACCUGUUCCUGAAAAGAUUAAGACAUCAACAACUGAGACGGUCAUUGUAAAGGAUAUUGUUCAACCAACUGAGCCUGAAAAGGUUCCGGAAACUUCAGUUUCAGAAGACACUAAGACUACCGUGACUGUUACAACAAAAACUACUGUGACGGAAACUGUCAGUGAGACUGCACCUUUGGAGGAGCCAAAACCAGAGGAACCAGCAAAGAAACCCGAAGAACCAAAGGCAGUGGAACCCGAAAAGAAACCCGAGGAACCCAAGAAACCAGCUUAUGCCGGUCUGCCUGUGGAUGACUCCAGUAGUUCUUGGAUGGAUGUUAUGGAUGAACCAAUGACAUUCUCUGAUGAGGAGGAAGAAGCACCCAUCCAGGAAGUUCCAGUUGAAAAGGCACCUGUUCCCGAAAAGAUUAAAACAUCAACAACUGAGACGGUCAUUAUGAAGGAUAUUGUUCAACCAACUGAGCCUGAAAAGGUUCCGGAAACUUCAGUUUCAGAAGACACUAAGACAACUGUGACUGUCACAACCAAAACUACUGUGACAGAAAUUGUCAGUGAGACUGCACCUUCGGAGGAGCCAAAACCGGAGGAACCAGCAAAGAAACCCGAAGAACCAAAGGCAGUGGAACCCGAAAAGAAACCCGAGGAAUCCAAGAAACCAGCCUAUGCCGGUCUGCCUGUGGAUGACUCGAGUAGUUCUUGGAUGGACGUUUUAGAUGAACCAAUCCAGGAAGUACCAGUUGAAAAGACAACUGUUCCUGAGAAGAUUAAAAAAUCCACAAUUGAGACGGUCGCUGUAAAGGACUCAGUUUAUCCAGUUGAGCCUGAGAAGAUUUCAGAUUUUGCUGUUUCAGAAGACACAAAGUCAACCGUAACUGUGACAACAACAACAACAACUGUCAGUAAAGAUUUAGAGAAACAGUAUAAGUCAGAAAAGGGACCGGCUUAUUCUGCCUUGACACUUGAGGGUCCAAUCGAUACGUGGUCUAGCGUUUUGGAGGAAUCGACACCAAGCUCAGGAAAUGUUGUUUUCACAUCGACAUUGUCUGCAGAUGCUCCAGAAUUUACGCCUUCUUAUCUAAAGCACGUAUAUGCUGAUCAAACAAACACAUUCCUUGCUAAUGAAAGAGUUUACAACGAAUUCAUUCCUAGAAGUAAAACGGAGCAAGUAGUGGUACUUCCAAAGAAGUCAAAGAAAGUUAAACCCGCAAAGCGUCCAAAGAAGCCAGCAGACGAACCUCAAGAAAUUGCAGUUGUAUCUGAAGCACCACCCACUUAUGUCAUGGAAGCACAACAACCAAUCGAGCAAAGUGUUUGGGAAAACAAUCGAGAUGGCAAAUCAUAUGCCGAUGUUUUGUUCAGUUCAGCCGAGAUGCCGGUCACCGAAAAGCCUGUAAUUGUGCAUGAAGAAAAACAGACCGUUGUUGAUCCCUUGCCCGAAGUUGUAAAGCCAAAGGAGCAUAUGAAGAAGCCAAAACAAACAAAACAGAAGCCAGUAGAAUUCAUCCAAGAGAAUUCAAGCACGGAUAAUUCAAAGCCGGCUACUGAAAGCUCCAAAGAACCAUCAUCUGACGAGAAGGAUGUUCAUAAAUCGUCUGAAAUGAGUUGGUCUGCCUUGGUUCGAAGACCAGGUGAAUGGUCUGACAAUACAUUUGUCAAAAAGGAAUUAGUGCAGCCAGACAGUAUACCGGACUCUAAGAAACCGGAGAAGCAAGAAAAAUCUGAACGGAAAUCUACAAAAACGAAAAAGUCGAAGAAAUCCAAAAAACCAAUUCAAGAGACAGUUUCAACCACUUCUGAAGAUGAAAAGCAGGAGCAGGAAGAACCAGCACCUUCAACUCACACAAAGAUAGUCACACAAACAGAGACAGUGACAGAGACAGUGACGAAACAAACGGAAGAUAAGGAACCCGAAGCGAGUGGUUUUUCGUGGGCUUCAUUAGUAAAGAGACCUGGUGAGUGGGUUGACACAACUGUAGCGCAUAUUAAGAGUGCAAUAACAUUGUCAACGGACAAAUCGGAAGGUGAACGCAAUGAACCAGAGAAGCCACGAAAGGUUCGAUCACAGAAGAAGGCUGAUAGGAUUGAGUCUAAGAAGCAAAAGGUUCCACAGAAAAAAGAAAAAAUAUCUCAACCAACGGUCGAGGAAGUAAUUCCAAUUGAAAAGGAACCAGAAAGGAUUUCAGAUGUGGAAAAACCCGUUGACAGUAGCUCCGAUUCGUUCUCGUGGGCUUCUUUGCUUAAAAAGCCGGGUGAAUUUGUAGAUGAUAUAGCGUCUCGCAAAAAGCCAGUUGCCGCUCCGAAAACUGAACCAAAACCAGAACCUAAGGCUCAAAAGGAACGGAAAACUCAUAAGAAAGAAGUCAGGAUUGAAAGAAAUACAGUUGAGCCUAAGACUAAAAAGGUGCAGCCGACUGUGGUUUCAUCCACAUCUGACGAAAGUGAUGUUCCUGAAACUUCUUUAUCUCCAAUUUACGAUGAAGGAGUGACAACUUGGGCCAAGAUUGCCAGCCAAAUAGACAAAAUGUCUGAUUUACCACCUAAAGAAAAGAAAGAAGUGAAGCAAAAGCCAGUGGAGACUGUAAAACAUCACACUGAAAAGAAAAAGGCAGUACAAAAAGAACACACUCCUCGUCCGCAGGAUCCGCAUACAAGCUCUUGGUCAUCAGUAGUAGGUCAGCAAACCAUUGACUUUAUAGAAACCGAAAAGGUGACUCCAAAGCCAGUUGCUGUCAAAAAGACAGAAAAAAUAUCAGUUAAGCCGCAGUUGGUUACUGAGUCCCCAGUAGUCGAAGCUCCGGAGGAUUUAGAAUGGUCGAGCAUUAGUGAAAAACCUGAAGAAUCAACGCGCAAAUCUUGGGCUGAAAUGAUUGACGACGGUGGCGAUGAUAUUGUUGUCGAGCAAAAAUCUUGGAAAGAAUUAAUUGAAGAUGAAGUGGAAAUUCCCCUUCUUGCUGAAACUGGUGAUGAAGCCAAUAUUCAUAAAAUUAUGGAAACCAUUCAAGAAAUUAAAUCUGGCAAUAUUUCCCAAGCGGAAGAACUAAAUGAAGAGCACAUCAAAAAAUCUUCAGUUAUUACCAAAAUAACUACGGUAACGAAAACAGUCAGUGAAUUAAAGGAGAAACCCGAAGAACCCAAGAAAUCAGAUGACUUGGUUUCGGUUUCAACACCAGUUAUUGAGAAAGAAAUUCGUGUUGAGCCUGAGUCUCCGGUUUCGAAAGACACAAAGACAACUGUAACAAUCACAACAACUACUACUGUAAAUGAAAGUGUCAGUGAGACUUCACUUCUGGAGGAGCCGAAACCAGAGGAACCAGCAGAGAAAUCCGAAGAACCAAAGGCAGUGGAACCCGAAAAGAAACCCGAGGAACCAAAGGCAGUGGAGCCCGAAAAGAAACCCGAGGAACCCAAGAAACCAGCUUAUGCCGGUCUGCCUGUGGACGACUCCAGUAGUUCUUGGAUGGAUGUUAUGGAUGAACCAAUGACAUUCUCUGAUGAAGAGGAAGAAGCACCCAUCCAGGAAGUUCCAGUUGAAAAGGCACCUGUUCCUGAAAAGAUUAAAACAUCAACAACUGAGACGGUUAUUGUGAAGGACAUUGUUCAACCAGCUGAGCCUGAAAAGGUUCCGGAAACUUCAAUUUCAGAAGACACUAAGACUACCGUGACGGUCACAACAAAAACUAUUGUGACGGAAACUGUCAGUGAGACUUCACUUCUGGAGGAGCCGAAACCAGAGGAACCAGCAAAGAAACCCGAAGAACCAAAGGCAGUGGAGCCCGAAAAGAAACCCGAGGAACCCAAGAAACCAGCUUAUGCCGGUCUGCCUGUGGAUGACUCGAGUAGUUCUUGGAUGGAUGUUAUGGAUGAACCAAUGACAUUCUCUGAUGAGGAGGAAGAAGCACCCAUCCAGGAAGUUCCAGUUGAAAAGGCACCUGUUCCUGAAAAGAUUAAAACAUCAACAACUGAGACGGUUAUUGUGAAGGACAUUGUUCAACCAGCUGAGCCUGAAAAGGUUCCGGAAACUUCAAUUUCAGAAGACACUAAGACUACCGUGACGGUCACAACAAAAACUACUGUGACGGAAACUGUCAGUGAGACUUCACUUCUGGAGGAGCCGAAACCAGAGGAACCAGCAAAGAAACCCGAAGAACCAAAGGCAGUGGAGCCCGAAAAGAAACCCGAGGAACCCAAGAAACCAGCUUAUGCCGGUCUGCCUGUGGAUGACUCCAGUAGUUCUUGGAUGGAUGUUAUGGAUGAACCAAUGACAUUCUCUGAUGAGGAGGAAGAAGCACCCAUCCAGGAAGUUCCAGUUGAAAAGGCACCUGUUCCUGAGAAGAUUAAAACAUCUACAACUGAGACGGUCAUUGUGAAGGACAUUGUUCAACCAGCUGAGCCUGAAAAGGUUCCGGAAACUUCAAUUUCAGAAGACACUAAGACUACCGUGACUGUCACUACAAAAACUACUGUGACGGAAACUGUCAGUGAGACUGCAAUUCCGGAGGAGUCCAAACCAGUGGAACCAGAAAAGAAACCCGAAGAACUAAAGGCAGUGGCGCCCGAAAAGAAACCCGAGGAACCUAAGAAACCAGCCUAUGCCGGUCUGCCUGUGGAUGACUCCAGUAGUUCUUGGAUGGAUGUUAUGGAUGAACCAAUGACAUUCUCUGAUGAGGAGGAAAAAGCAUCCAUCCAGGAAGUUCCAGUUGAAAAGGCACCUAUUCCUGAAAAGAUUAAAACAUCAACAACUGAGACGGUCAUUGUGAAGGAUAUUGUUCAACCAAUUGAGCCUGAAAAGGUUCCGGAAACUUCAGUUUCAGAAGACACUAAGACUACCGUGACUGUCACUACAAAAACUACUGUGACGGAAACUGUCAGUGAGACUGCAAUUCCGGAGGAGUCCAAACCAGUGGAAGCAGAAAAGAAAAUCGAAGAACCAAAGGCAGUGGAGCCCGAAAAGAAACCCGAGGAACCCAAGAAACCAGCUUAUGCCGGUCUGCCUGUGGACGACUCCAGUAGUUCUUGGAUGGAUGUUAUGGAUGAACCAAUGACAUUCUCUGAUGAGGAGGAAGAAGCACCCAUCCAGGAAGUUCCAGUUGAAAAGGCACCUGUUCCUGAAAAGAUUAAAACAUCAACAACUGAGACGGUCAUUGUGAAGGAUAUUGUUCAACCAACUGAGCCUGAAAAGGUUCCGGAAACUUCAGUUUCAGAAGACACUAAGACUACCGUGACUGUCACUACAAAAACUACUGUGACGGAAACUGUCAGUGAGACUGCAAUUCCGGAGGAGUCCAAACCAGUGGAACCAGAAAAGAAACUCGAAGAACCAAAGGCAGUGGAGCCCGAAAAGAAACCCGAGGAACCCAAGAAACCAGCUUAUGCCGGUCUACCUGUGGACGACUCCAGUAGUUCUUGGAUGGAUGUUAUGGAUGAACCAAUGACAUUCUCUGAUGAGGAGGAAGAAGCACCCAUCCAGGAAGUUCCAGUUGAAAAGGCACCUGUUCCUGAAAAGAUUAAAACAUCAACAACUGAGACGGUCAUUGUGAAGGAUAUUGUUCAACCAGCUGAGCAUGAAAAGGAUCCGGAAACUACAAUAUCAGAAGAUACUAAGACUACCGUGACUGUUACAACAAAAACUACUGUGACGGAAACUGUCCGUGAACAGUCAGAGGAAGUACUCGAAUCGCUAAGGCCGGAAGCAAUAGUUGUAAAUGCACCUGCUACAGAAAGGAUUACAUCAACUACUGAAACAGUCACUGUGAGGGAUAUUGUUCAACCAGCUGAACCCGAGAUGAAGGAGUCUUCUCAGCUUAUGCCAACCGAUCUGGCUUCAUUUGAUAUACCUAUCAACGUUUGGGAUCAGAAUUCAUCGUAUGCAGACGUAUUGAAGCAUACAACGAGUUUUAUAGAGGGUGAGAAGCAAAACGUUGAGAGAGUUCCUGAAGUUAGAACACAAACCACUGCAUCGAUUCCAACCUCAGAAAUUGUUGAGAAUGUUCCUAAGAAACCAAGAGCAAAGAAAGACAAAAAUAAGAAAAAGGCAGAUAUUGAAAACGAUACCAAGACCGAUAGCGAAGUUAGUACAAAGGUUCAAAAUGUUUAUCCCACAAAUCAAGAAACAGAAGAUCAAAAACCGACAAUACAGCCUCAAAAAUGGUCUGAAAUGAUCGACGACGAAUCUAUCAAAAUUCCAGACCAAUCACAACCGGAAAGUUUCUUCUCAUGGUCGUCUAUAGUCCGCCAAGGAGCCGAAGAACCUUUCACGAAAAUUACCCAGCAGUAUUCUGAUGACUUGAAGAUUAUUGAUUCACCAUCUACAACUCAAACCAUCAUAUCUGAAGAAGUACCUGAAACUUGUUCUUUAGAUUUUGUUCGGAAUGAAAAAGAUAAACCUAAAAAGCAAAAACCGAAAAAGGUGAAAAAACCAAGUACAGACUUUGUGGACAACAAUGUGCCUAAGGAGCCUGUUAGUCCAGUGGAUCUUCCAGACACUUCAGAAAUCCAAAAAAUUCCCGUGGAAGAUGUUCCCACACAGACUCAAUUGUGGUCAUCUAUUGUUUCACAAACUGUUGAAGUUUCUCCAGCAAUUGUCGAAACAGAGCAAGUUGAAAUAAAAACUGACCCUGUUUCUGCUUCCCAUGAUAUACAGGACUUCAUCCACAAAGAGCAAAGCUUCUCAACCAUUGUAAAUGACAAGCCUAAGAAACAAAAGACCAAAAAGGAAAAGAAACCAUCCAAGGCUAAGCAGGUUCCAGAGCCAGCAUCCAUUGAAGUUAUUAAAAAAACACCAGAGCUGAACAGCAUAGAAAAUCCAUCUGACAAUGUAGCAGAUUUGCCAUCCCAAACUUUGACAUGGUCCUCAAUUGUUUCGCAAACUGUUGAAGUUUCUCCAGCAAUUGUCGAAACAGAACAAGUUGAAAUAAAAACUGACCCUGUUUCUGCUUCCCAUGAUAUACAGGACUUCAUCCACAAAGAGCAAAAGUUCUCAACCAUUGUAAAUGACAAGCCUAAGAAACAAAAGAAUAAAAAGGAAAAGAAAUUGCCACAAAUUGAGCAUGAACCAGAACCAAUUGUUGUUGUAGAGCCAGAAGUAGUUGACGAGCCAAAAUCCGUUGAAAAUAUUCUUGAAACUGAAUCCCCAACUCAAUCGUGGUCAUCAAUUGUUUCCCAAACUGUCACGAUUUCUCCAGCAACCGCCGAAACUGAACGAGUUGAAAUAUUAGUUGAACCUGUUCCCGCUUCCCAUGGCAUAGAGGACUCCCUUCACAAGGAGCAGAACUUCUCAACAGUUGUAAAUGAUAAAAUUAAGAAACAAAAGCCUAAAAAGGAAAAGAAGUCACAUAAGGCAGAGCCUGUAGAAACUGCCCUUGUCAAAGAUGUGGAGAAAGAAAGAGAGCCUGAACUAUUGGAAAUUGAAGUAGAAUUGCCAUCUCAAACUCAAUCGUGGUCUUCCAUAGUUUCACAAACAGUAGCAACCGAAACACACCAUCCCGAAAUAAUUCCCGAAAUUAUUUCGCCUGCGUCAGACACUAUUCCCAAAGAAGUCACGUUGAUUCCAGACAACGAUAAACCCAAGAAACAUAAGUCGAAAAAGGAAAAGAAACUGUCCCAGGUUGAACCUCACAAAAAACCAGUUGUGGAAAAAACCAUUGUUGUUGAAGAAACAAGAGAUAUAAUUGAACCGAAACCAGAUAAGAAUGUUGAAGAAACUCAAUCUUCAACACAAUCGUGGUCAUCAAUUGUCUCCAAAACUAUUGAUGUAUCUCCAGUAAUAGUCGAAACUCAAACUGAACGAAUUGAGGAACUACCUGACCCAAUUCCCUCUUCCCAUGACAUCCAAGACUUUAUUCAGAAAGAACAGAACUUCUCCACUGUGGUGAACGACAAGCCUAAGAAGCAAAAGGCCAAAAAGGAUAAGAAACUACCACAGAAAGAACAUGAUGCUGAACCAAUUGUUGUGGAAACCACCGUAGUUAAAGAAGUGGAGAAGGAGAAAGAACCGGAACCAUCCGAAUUUGUAGUAGAAACGCCGUCUCAAACUCAGUCGUGGUCUUCAAUUGUUUCACAAACAAUAACAACCGUAUCUCAACGUACUGAAUUAAUUCCAGAAAUUGCUCCACAUACACCUGACGUUCCUGACUUUAUUCCCAAACAGGACACGUUGGUUCCUGUUCAUGAUAAACCCAAGAAACACAAGUCAAAGAAGGAAAAGAAAAAGCUUCAGGUUGAAGAUCAGCAAAAUCCGAUUGUAGAAAAAACUAUUGUAGUACAAGAAGUGAAAGAAGUAACCGAACCAAAAUCCAUAGAAAGUGUAGAAGAUAAUGAAACCGUACCUCAAUCAUGGUCUACAAUUGUUGCGCAAACUACUGAAGCUUCUCCACCAAUUUUGGAAACUGUUCGACCUGAAAUUGUGACAGACCCUCUGACACAUGACAUUCAGGCGUUCAUUCAGCAGGAGCAGAACUUCUCUACUGUUACCAAUGAUAACCAAAGGAAACAAAAGCAAAAGAAGGACAAGAAGUCACCUCCGACAGAACCAGACACAAAACCUGUCAUUGUGGAACCUGCCUUUGUCAAGGAGCUGGAGAAAGAAAUGGAGCCGGAACCCAUCGAUAGUAUAGUAGAUACGCCAUCUCAAACACAGUCAUGGUCUUCAAUUGUUUCACAAACAAUAACAACCGAAACCCAUCAUACUGAAGUGGUACCUGAUAUAGUGACAUUUACUCCAGAUGUGCAAGAGCCCAUACUCAAAGAGGAGAGUAUUUCCAUUCCCGUCAAAGAUAAACCGAAGAAGCAAAAGUCGAAGAAGGAAAGGAAACUGCCUCAAGUUGAACCUCACACUGAACCAGUUGUAGAAGAAACGAUUGUUGUUGAAGAGACGAAAGAGGCAAUUGAACCGAAACCAUCUAAAAAUCUUGAAGAAACUCAAUCUUCAACACAAUCGUGGUCAUCAAUUGUCUCCCAAACUAUUGAUGUGACUCCAGUAAUAGUCGAAACUGCAACUGAACGAAUUGAGGUACUACCUGAUCAAAUUCCCUCUUCCCAUGACAUACAAGACUUUAUUCAGAAAGAACAGAACUUCUCAACCGUAGUGAAUGACAAGCCAAAGAAAGAAAAGAUCAAAAAGGAAAAGAAAUUGGCUCAGCCGGAACCAGAUACUGAAUCAAUUGUUGUGGAAACUACCGUAGUCAAAGAACUGAAGAAAGAACCAGAAUCUUUCGAGAUUGUAGUAGAUACGCCGUCUCAAACUCAGUCGUGGUCUUCAAUUGUUUCACAAACAACAACAACCUCAUCUCAGCGUACUGAAAUCAUUCCUGAAACUGUUUCCUCUGUCGUUCAUGAAAUUAUUCCCAAAGAGAAGAUCGCAUUGAUUCCUGACAAUGAAAAACCCAAGAAACAAAAGUCGAAGAAGGACAAGAAAAUUCUACAUGAUGAACAUCAGGCAGAACCAAUUGUUGAAAAAGCAAUAGUUGUUGACGAGCCGAAAUCCGCAGAAAGUAUAGAAGAUAGUGGAACCUGCCCUCAAUCGUGGUCGACAACUGUUUCUCAAACUUCUGAGGUUUCGCCAGAAAUUGAAGAAAUUGUUCAAACUGAAAUAAUAACUGAACCAGUUCCCGCAAAUGCCAUUCAGUCCUUUAUUCAACAGGAGCAGAACUUCUCUACUGCUAGCAAUGACAAACCAAGGAAACAAAAGCAAAAGAAGGAAAAGAAGUCACCUCGGGAAGAACCUGAAUCUAAACCUGUUGUUGUGGAGCCGACUUUUGUCAAGGAACCGGAAGCUAUCGAUAAAACAUUGGACACGCCAUCUCCAAAACAGUCAUGGUCUUCAAUUGUUUCACAAACAAUAACAACCGAAACCCAUCAUACUGAAAUAGUACCUGAUGUAGUGACAUCCAGUCCUGAAGUAGAAGAGCCAAUACACAAAGAAGAGAACAUUUCCAUUCCUGUCAACGAGAAAGCCAAGAAGAAAAAGCCCAAAAAAGAGAAGUUGGUCUCCCAGGUUGACCAUGUUUCCGAUAUUAUUGAUAGAACUGAAACACACAAAAUUGAAAGAAAAUCGGAACCCAUUGUUGUAUUGGACGAAGCUCCAAAAACACAAUCUUGGUCAUCAAUAGUUUCGCAAACUAUUGAAGUACCUUCAGUAAGCUCACAGGAAUUCAUUAUUCAGGAACAACAAAAAUCCGUAGAUGUGCCCGAAAUACCAGAAAAGACCGCGAAACCAAGAAAAGAGAAAAAAUCACCCAAGACAGAAACAAUAUCUAAGCCGAUUUCUGACACUGUCGUUGUGUCAACAGAGUAUGAGAAAGCUGAACCUACUGUACUUAUUGAUGAAAUGCCAUCUCACACUUCGGAUUGGUCAGAGAUGGUUUCGGAAGUAAUUGAUGCAGUAUGUGAUGAUAUCGUCCCGGACUUCAUUCAUCAUGAGCAGAAGUUUACAACGACUGUCGAUGACAAUACCAAGAAGCAAAGAUCUAGAAAAGAAAGGAAGUCCGUCAAAGUGGAGCCAGCACCAAAACAACCCAUUGAAGAUAGCUUUGUUAUUCAUGAGGAAAAGCACAAAAUGGAACCAGAGCCGGUUGAACAUGGUAACACAAGUGAAAUAGUGCGCUCUGACUUCAAUAUUCAAUUGCCGAAACCAAUACCGUCGGUAUGGUCCCAUUCUGAGACUUACGCUGAAGUUGUUAGAAAAUCAGGUUUUGCAGACAACACAAAUAUCCGCUAUAAAGACACUGAAUCUGCCCCUCAAAGCAUUGAAUACAUUGAAAAUGAUCGACAAGACACACCAAAUUUAGUCGUAGAACGACCACAAAGUUCAUCGACUGUGUUCGUCGAAGAAUUCCCAGAUCCUAUUUUACCUUCGUCCGUUCAUAGAAUUGACAAUGAACCCGUUGAGCCUAAUGAAAAGUUAUCAUCACUGUCUUGGAAGGAAAUCAUGGAUGAAGAAGUGGAUACGGAUAUACCAUCAUGGUCGUCUGUUACACAAGCUUCGAAUUCCCAGCCAAUGGAUACAACAGAAUCAAUAGUUGAACGACAAUCUCGUACAAUCAGCCGACCACUUAUACAAGUCACCGAAGUUACUAAAUCAGAAGAACAACCGAAUCCACAGGAGGAGCAUGGUUUCCUGGAAAUAAUCUCAAAGAAGAGAAAUCGUUCGAGAUCACGUUCACAACAAUCCCAGAAUUCCAAUGUGACAGAAAAACCACAAAAGAAGAGGUCGAAGAAACCAAAAGAAAACAAUCAAAUGAAACCUAUCAAAACAUUUGAUGAACCUUCUUUUCCAAUAGAACCGGCUAAGAUUGACAAUACUCCGGCUAAAAUUGACAAUACUCCCGCUAAGAUUGACAAUACUCCAUCGUCUCCGGUUGAGAAAGACAAUAGCCAAACUAUUUCCGCUCCAAUUCCAUCUACCUCUGGCAUGUCAUGGGCGGCAAUCGCUGCACACAAUGUUCCUGAACCUGCUCAACAAAUACGACCUCUUCAAAUUGAAACUAAGGAAAUUACUUUAGAAAAAGUAAGAAAGCCGACUAUAGACAACAAGGUUAUUAUACCAAUUACAUUGGAUACGGAACCAAAGACUAAGAAAUCAAAGCAGAAAUCGAAAAAGAAACCUGCCUCUUCUGAUCUUCUAGAUUUUAUCAAUGCUGAAAAGGAAAGUUCUCAAAAGCCAACCCAAUUAGAGCAGAAGCAUGAACAAAUUCAUAUUUCGGAACCUACUCCAGAAAGCAUAUCUGAUAAGCCAGUGCCAUUAGUCGAGCAUAUAGUUUCUCCAACACCAAAAGAAACAGUUCUCUCGGUUGAGCAAACUCCUUUGGCUCCAUUCGGAAAUACUGUCCAACCCAAGGCAAAGACGCAUAUUGAGAAAGCAAUUCAAAUCGUUUCGGAAAUUGUUGAAUCCGUUGAAUCUUCAGAAACUCCUAAUAAGUCUGAGGCGAUCCCUAUUGUUUCAAUCAAAACAGAUGAGCCUCACAUCGAGCAGACACCAUUGGCUCCAUUCAAAACUAUUGAAGAAUACAAGGCAAAACCACUAAUUGAGAAAACAAGUGAAACCGUUUCGGAAGUUGUUGAAUCCAUUGAACCUACAAAAACUCCUAAGACAGAGUCAAUCUCUGUGGUUUCAACUGAAACAGUUGAGCCUUAUAUCGAACAGACACCCUUGGCUCCAUUCAAAACUACUGAAGAACCCGAGACAGAACUAACAAUUGAAUCCGUUUCGAAGAUUGUUGAAUCCGUGGAACCUGCAGAAACUCCAAAGACUAAAUCAAUCACUUUCGUUUCAACUGAAAUAGUGGAGUCCAAUAUCGAGCAGACACCAUCGGCACCUUUCAAAACAGCUGAAGAACCCAAGACAAAGGCCCUAAUUGAAGAAACAAUUAAAACAGUUUCGAAAAUUGUUGAACGUACAGAAACUCCUCAGACUGAGACAAUCUCAAUUGUUUCAACUGAAACACUUAAGCCUAAUGUCGAGCAGACACCUUUGGCUCCAUUCAAAACUACUGAAGAACCCGAGACAGAACUAACAAUUGAAUCCGUUUCGAAGAUUGUUGAAUCCGUGGAACCUGCAGAAACUCCAAAGACUGAAUCAAUCACUUUCGUUUCAACUGAAAUAGUGGAGUCCAAUAUCGAGCAAACACCAUUGGAACCUUUCAAAACAGCUGAAGAACCCACGACAAAGCCACUGAUUGAAGAAACAAUUAAAACAGUUUCGAAAAUUGUUGAACGUACAGAAACUCCUCAGACUGAGACAAUCUCAAUUGUUUCAACUGAAAGAGUUGAGCCUAAUAUCGAACCGACACCCUUGGCUCCAUUCAAAAUUACUGAAGAGCCCAAUAUCUCAGCUACUGAUUCCCAAACCACAUCGGAUGCUGAUCCAUUUAUAUGUGAGACAUCCUAUUGGUCUGCCACAUUGAAACCAAAUGUAAAAAUGACAGCAGAAGAAAUCGAAGAGCCCAUUCAAAUCGUAACUAAAAGGGAUAUCCCAAUUACUGUUGAUAUACCAACAGAUAAUAUUCUUCCCGAAGUUGCAGUACAAUCACCAACUGAUCAACCAACAACUUGGUCGGCUAUAGUUCAAACUGAAACAAAAGUAUUCCCAUCUCCAGAUUCUAAGGAAGAGGAGCCUACUUCGCCAGCAUGGUCUACGGUUGUUGUAAGCAAAACAACAGAUUUCCAAGAUCCCAAACAACAAACAGAUCUCGAAAACCAAGAAACAACAACAACCACAACAACCUAUGUUACCACAACAGUGACCACUCACAAAGAUGUUAAUACAACUGAGGAUAUAAUUGAAGAACAACCAGCUUCAUUCGUAUCAACAGUGGUGACAACUCACUCCAACGAGAUGGCAAUAACCCCUGAACUUAAAGAAACAACCAUUAAGCCAAGAGAGCCAGCUGCUACAAGCAGCUUGGAAAUACUCAUGAAAAAUCUACACCUUGACUCAAAUCAAUUACAUCCUACGUACGAAAAAAUGGAGGCUCAAUACCAACUAUUAAAAUCAGAACCGAGUGCGGAAAUUGAGCAGCCAAUUAUGGCUGCCGAUAUUCCUGAAUCGGCGAAGAAUGAAAUAUUAAUAGAUGAUUAUGUGAUAAUUGAACCCGAAGCAUUGCCCGAACUUAAUUCAGAGAUUCUUGCUUACAAUUUGUACCUUGAUAAGGAUUCGCUCUUGCGUCCCGUACCAAAUAAUUCCAUUAGUCAGUUGCAUUUGUUGAAAACAGAAAAAUCCCUUGAACCCGAAGUAGAAACAGACAUCAUAGUCGAAAAAGUCAUAACUGUGGAUAAGCCACAAACAACAGUUAAGGAAAUAGUUUCAGACAACAAGCUAAUCGAACCGACAGUUGAAAUAGUUGAGGAUGUAAUAAUUGAGAAAAUAAUACCUGUGGAGAAGGUUUCGGAGCCAAUUGCGUCCCCCGAAAUUUCAGCCAUUGAGCCAAUAUCCUUGCCGGUAUUGUUAGCCCCAGAGGCCAGCAAACCAAGUAACUUACUCUGGCAUCUUAGUGAAGACAACUUCAAGAAGUUAAUUAUUCACCACGGGCAAACUGCAGCUGAUCCCUACGGUCUAUUUAUCACUACGACCACAGACUCGACUAAUACGGAUACAGAGAAAACUCAGGAAACCCAGGACGAUAAGCAUAAGACUGACAUCAUUACUGAAACUGUAGUGAAAACGACGACGAUUACUGAAUCAAGCAAAUUGAUAACAGAUCACGUUGUAGAUAAGACUGAAACAGAGACAUCGUCAAAUGAAAGCAUUCCUACCGUUGAAGUGACUGCAACAGCACCCAUCAGCACCCUCGAUCAGUUGCGACUAAAUCUGUACUCGGAUCACUGGCCAAAGCCAAGCACCGAUGCCGAUUUAUUCGAACACACUGUCGACACACUGAAACGGGAUGAUGUAGCAAGCGCCGAUACAAAACUUGACAAAGACAAGAAACCCGAUGAUGUUAUCACCAAACCAGACAAAAAAGAUGACGACGACACUGACGAUGACGACGAUGACGAUGACGAUGAUGACGGAGAUAAACUGACUGUGCCUGAUAAUCGUAAGCCGCAUGACGAUGACGACAAAUCGAACGACCGCGAUCCUGGUAGUGGUAGCAGUGGCAAUGCAACACCCACACCCGAAAACGAUUCAUCCCAGUACGAACAGAAUCGCAGCUGCUCAUCAGAGUAUAUGUCCACCGAUCUGCCCGGCGGCGUCGGUCAUUGGCGGGACCAAAGUACUUACUUGGCUUUAGAAGCCGAACCUCAGGUUAAAGUUGAAUUGGCACCAACCGUAGAGAGUAAGGAUGUUCUAACCGAAACUAAAACCAUUGAGUUGGCACCCUCUGUGCCAGUUGAGCUAAACAACACGACCCCAACUCCUGAAACAAGUCCCCUACCCACUGCUACAACCUCAGCUAAUGUUGCAAAUGCACUAAUCCAAUUGGCGAGCGCCACAACUCACAAUCUGUCAGCUGCUGCCAAUGCGGCAGCAUCGGCAGCACUAACGACAAAACUGGCAGCGACAAGUGCGAUUCUGCCAGUUGCAGCAGCCGUAAUUAAUAAGUUUACGGCAACCACAACAACACCGACAACACCACCAGUGGAGAUAGCAGCCCAGCCAGAGCAGCAGCCGCAGCCACAAGCGUUGACAGCAGCUGCUGUCGAGACGCCAACAACAGUUGCCGAAGAGAUAAUUGAUUCUACAAAGACAACGACGACAUCAAGCAGCGUUUCCGAUGAGCAGCAGCUGCCCGUACGGGCUGCUCCUGAAAUUGAAAACACAAAUAUUGUGAAGCGCACAGUAGUUACAACUACAACCGUAACGACAACAACAACCAGUGAAACGGCAGAUGCAGCAACACCUAGCGGCAGCACAACGACAACAACAACAACAACAACUAGCAAUGAUUUGCAACUACAACUGCAACAACAACGCCAGAAGGAUCUAAUCACACAAGAACUCGACGAACUGCUACAAUCGCUGUCAACAGUCGAGGAUGGCAUUGGAAAUAUGAACUACAGCAGCUUGGAGGGCAUGCUUCAGGGACUGAAGCUAAUCCAAAGCAAUCUGGAAGUACAUGAGAAGGACGCACAGCACCUCAAGGAUCAAGCAAAGGCACUGCCCACAGAUCCAGCCACAGAGCGUUUGCUCAACGAGACAACAGACCGUAUUGAUUUACUAUUGAGACGUACUCAGCAAGGCAUCACCAUGAUAGCUAACGCAAUGCAUGGCCAGAAGAAGCGUGAGCAAGAAAUCGAUGAGUAUCAGCAGCACUUGUUAGAGCUUGAACGUUGGAUCAAUGAGGUAACCGCCGAAUUGGCCUCGUUUGAGCCCACAACAGACAGCAGUACCGAUGAACAGGUGCUAAAGUCACAGGUGGAACGCAGUCAGCAAUUGCUGCGCACUCUCAAGGAGCGACAGCAGUCUAUGGAUGAUUUGGUCGAGCACACACGACAACUGCAAUCACAACCAGAUGUUUCACCAUUGGCCGACACCCUUAUGGAGCAGUUACAGAGCAUUAUAAUCAUAUUGCGCGAACAGAUUACCGUUGCUACCACACGCAUCUUUACCAUUGAGAAGCGCAUUGUUGAGCUGCGCAAGGCGAAGAGUGAUGAUGCUCAGCGCCAGCGCAUUCUAGCAGAUGCACAAAUUCAGCCACCAGUUAUGGCCAGUGCAUCGCCUGAAUCCAUCGAGUCCAAUGAAAACACAAUUGACUCCAGCUCUAUGCCCGAGGAGGAGAUCAAACCAACGGGGAUCUAUGUGGAGACACAGACUUCGUUCAGCUUAGAGCAACCCCAACAACAGCCACAACCGCAAGUCACCACAAGCAACGUUGAGGCUCAGACCAGUUUCCAGGAACCACAACCUGCUGCGAUCAUCGAAACUGCGGAAGUGGCACUGCAAACAAUUAAGGAGCGUGCACCGACAGAAAACAUAAUGGUCACACAAACGCUUCAGCAUGGUCAGGAAACCAUUCAGAUUGAUACUACGCUGAACGAGAAAGAUAUACAUGGACAACCUGAGGAUGUGCAAGUCGAGGCACGCUAUCAUCAACAACCCAAAGGCGAUGUGGAACGUGCCACCGAGCUAAUACUGAAGAAUGUGCCACAGGCAUUUGAAACAACAUUUGUCGAACCCGACGAAACCACAACUGAGGUGGUGGUUGGUCCCGAUGGCACCAAGCACAUUGUCCUAAAGAAGGUAACUCGCACUCGCCAGCAAAUCGUGCAGCAGCAACAGGUAAGCUCCAUUGAGACCGCCAGCGAUUCUGAUGGGAACAUUGAAGUCAAGUCCACUGGUCAGAUAAAUCUGGAGAAUGUACACACGACGGACACAACUGCUGAUCCACAGGAAAAUAAAUACCAAACUGUGGUGACCCAGCAAACUCGUGGAACCAUAUUGGAUGGCUCCAAGCCAGAGACUGUGACCGUUAGCGAGUUCGAGACGGAGCCGAUAAUCGAGCAAUUUGAGCAGCUGAUGAGUCCCGAUGAAGAGGGUAAAUUGCAGCCAUUCCGUGCAGAGGCCGGUGAAUCCACAAUGCAAUCUCACGGUAGCAGUAUACACACUGUGGUGCAACAGGUUACCCGUAAGGUUAUCCGGAAGAGUCGCAAGAUCAUCAAACGUAUCGUCAUCAUUGACGGCAAGGAGCAUGUAACUGAGGAAAUUGUUGAGGAGCCCGACGAGAUUGAGAUGAUGGAGGAGGAAACGAUGCCGCAUAUCAAUGUUAACAUUGUGCGCACGGUGAAUGGAAAUGUGGUGAGCGAGGAGGAAUUCCAACGCAUGAUGCAGCAGCCGGGCGUUGUCAUCGAAGAAGUUGCCACGGAUCUGUCACAGCCGACAGAAGAACCGCAGCAACAGGUAUUUGAUAUUGAGUCUAUCAACAUCUCCAACACAACAACAACCACACCACAACAACAACAAGAUCAACCCGAUAAACAGACACCACCAACAACUGCAAGUACAACAGAAACGAUCAAAGAAGCACCAGUAGAAUUGCCAGCACCUCAAGUAGACAUUGAAGAAACCGUAGUUUUUGCUACUACCAGUCCCGUUCAUGUUACAGCAGCGGAAGUAACGAAGACAACAAAAACAACAACAACAACGACAACAACAACCUCUCAAGAAAUCGCACCAACAACAACAACAGCAAUAACAACAGUAACUGAGCCAGUGGUGCAAGACAUUGACGAAAUUUGGCCAUUGGAACAUCAUCUGCAACCAACAAAAAUUGAAUUCUCUCAGCACGUCGAGGAGCUGGCAUUACCAGCUGCAAGCGCCACAGAGACGUCAAUGCCCGUUGAAACCAUUUGGCCAACUAGUCCUGAAACUGGCAACUCAAUCUCACUAGAGUCUUAUGAAUUUGAGCCGGCAUCAACAGCAGCUAGUAGCAUCAAAUCAGAGACAGAGCUGGUACCACAAGAGACUGAAGCACAACCAGAGUCGCCAGAACAGCCAACGACAGCAGUUGCCAAACCAAAGACUGAUAUAGAAAGCUUCCUGAGAGCUGAACAAGCACAUGCCUUACCCAUUGAGAAGCCUAAGCCAUCCAAAGCACCUUUACAACCAACAACAGAAGAGACAGCACAACUACCACAACCACAGGCUGUUGCACAAGCACUACCAGAGCAACCUGCUACAGAAGAGAAAAAGUUGGAUAUGCCUCAAAAGGAUCUACGCGUUGCCUCACAACUCUUCAUUACUGAGGAGUCCGGCUCCUCGAAAGCCUACCAGAUGACGGCACCAUCAGUGGAAGCCCCUGGUGUUGGCGUUCUGAAGGUUGCUAUGGGUUCAACACCAGAUAUCGAUGAGUCUAUUGCUAAACUGCCCGCCAAGGUUACCAUGACUAUUGUGGAGACUGUAACGGCACCUCUGGAGCACGACGAUGAUGCGAGCACGAAGCGAAGUCGAAAGAAAAAGAAGAGAAGAGAUGAGGAGCAAGUAAAACCAGAACUAGCACCAGCACCAGCACCAGCACCAGAACCAGAAUCACAACCAGAACCCGAGCCAGUGCCCACUCCGGUUGCCGUUUCCGACAUCGAACCGGAGUCCGUACAUGAAACUGGCUACGAAGCAGAGGAAAAGACGGUUGCCGAUGAUGACGACUCAGCUGAUUCAAAGAAGAAGCGCCGCAAGAAGAAGAAGCAAAAGGAAAAGUCUCAGGAGGAGGAGUCGCAUGUGCCCAUUUCAUCUGACAAUUCGCCUCGCGAUGACACCACCAGCAUUGAAUCCGAGGGCAAGGUUUGCCAUGAAUCAAUUGUGGAAAUAAGCACAGAGAGUGACCUAUCCAGCAUGGAUAUUGACACAACUGUUAAGGUGGUUGAAGAUUCUGUUGUUCCCUCCCCCACAGAGCUGUCACGUGAUCCGAUCACGGAAAUAGUCAUACCCACUGAGGUUGUAGAGCUGGCUGCACUUGAAGAUGUGGAGCAGCAGACGACGCCGCGUGCGCCUACACCAACAGCUGCUAUUGAGGUUGAACAGGAUAUAAAAUCUAUUCAAACUUCACCGGAACACAAGCCACAACUCGAUGAGAUUGCAGUGCAAACGAGCCUUGAUUUGCAACCGAAUAACCAGGAGAAUGAGUCGCAGACUUUAGUUAUAGAAAUAACGGAAUCCGAAGCGCAAACAACGCCACGUGCCGAAGAGAAGCUUGAGCCCAUUGCCACGUCCAGCACUGAAAUACAAACUGAUGUGAGUGGCCAGCCACGGGAAACAGUGGAGAUAUCUAGCCAAACCGUUGUGACGACAACCACAGAAAAGGAGCUGCAAACAACUCCCAAAGAAUCACCACGGCAGGCCGAAUCAAGUAGCGAUCAUGUGGUGCAACCACUUGUUCAAGAGUUGGUUAAAGACAUGACCAUCGAUUUGCCUACACCGACAACUGAGCAAUCUACAACCACUGAAGUGACCUUAACCACAGAGACACAGAUGCAAACAACAACACCAGAGCCAACGGAAGUGAGUCAACCAAUCGAAAUGAGCGAUGUGGUUAUCCAGACGACGCCGCGUGAACCGAUCUCCCUAGAGGACACUUCACUGACUGCAACGUCGAUUUCCGAGCCAUACGAGCUGGAGGUGAGAACCACAGUGGCCAUACCAGCUGAUUCAGAUACUUCAGUUGUUGAGCCCACACUGUAUGAGUACACGCAAACCAUGCAGUUGCCCAAGCCCGAAAAGAGAACCCGCAAGGACAAGAAGAAACAAAAGGGCAAAUCUGAGGAUCAGCCAACUAACGAACCAGAUCAGCAACAAAUCAGUGUAACCGUUGAAAUUGCCCCGGAAUUGCUAACCGAAACAGGCAUUGUACUGUCAACCAAUCAGCAAAUCGAAGAGGUACCACAUCUGCCGCAAGCAGUCGACUCCGAACCCACUGAAGUCGAUCCACAGAAGCCUCAGCGUGUCUCAUUGCAAAUCACAAAGACAACCGUCUACGAUGAGUAUCCCGAACUGCCAGUGCACAUAAUCGAGCAAAACAAGGUUAGCGUUGCCUCGCAAAAGCCACGCACUACUGGACCCACUUCCUCGGUAACAAUUGAGGAGGUCGCUUCACCCACCGAAGAGCUGGUGGUGCCCAUUACGCCGGGUCCCGAUAAUUUGAAUGAGCAGAAUAUCUGGCUAACAGCGACGACCAGCAGCAACGUCGACAGAACACCGAUGGACUCCUCCCAAGCGUUUAUCAUGAACGAGAGCAGCCUGCAGUUCUAUCCAGGCAAACAAGAAACGCAACCUCAAGUGAGUUGGGCAGAGACCAAGGCGGCAAUUGGCAGUCGAAUUCAACAGCUGAAACAGGCGACUCCACAGCUGACGCAAACUCCUUUGAGCGAUGUUCUGCAUCUGGCCACACUUUCAGAGCAAAUCAAACAAGUGCCCAGCGAGCAGCGUCUGCAGGAAGUCAAUGAGGAACUGCAGACCUUGGAUCAGGCCAUACAAAAUGGAGAUCGAAAGAUUAUACACACCACUGUCAUAACAGUCAUUGAAAAGGUCUCCACGUGGCUAGAAACCAUCGAGUAUCGCGUCUAUCUCAUUCGACAAAACUCAAACGAAGGCCCCUCCGAGCAGAAGCUGGACAAUUACAAUCAGCUGAAUGAUGAGUUGCACACAAUCAAACAGAAUGUCAACCAAUUGGAGGGACAACUUUCUCAAGUAGACGAACCAACUGCUGGACUUUUGCAAUGUGUAGACACACUCAAGGAGCACGUUGACGCCGUGGAACAGGUGACACAACAGAAUCAGGCACAGGAUAGCAAAGAUCUGGAAAAGUGGAUUAAUUUCGAGGUGCAAUACAGGGAAGUCACCGCAAUGCUGGAGUUCCUGCAACAGCGCUACGAACAGGCUAUCACCGAAGAGCAUCCGCUCUCAGCAAAACUGGCGUUGCUUGACGAUCUGGAAAAAGAGCAUACCUUGAGCCAACAGCAGUUGGGUCAGCUCAUGCAGAGUGCACGCUUCUUCCAGCGCGACUAUCCGGGCAAGAAGAUGCCACAGGAUGUGUACAGUGCCUACGAGACGAGCAAAAAUAUUGGCAACAGCAUUGAGGCCGAGCGUGAUCGUCUUCUCCAGCUGCAAUCUUUGGCCGAGGAGUACGAGCAGACGCUUAAGGAGUUCACCAACAUCACAGUGCUAGCCGACAAAAUGAUGGAGAGCCCGAUUGUAUCCAGUUCGCUGGAGCAGCUGAACAACGAGGUGCAGAAGCAACGUAAGUUCUUUGUCAAUCUGAGCCACUGUCGUGCCAUGUUGGAGUCGCUUGAGGAAAACAUUGACAGCGAGACCCGGGAAAAGCACUCGGAACUGCACAAAGAGCUCUACCAGCGCGCCACCCAGCUACUGGAGCGCGCAUCCGAGCGAUCGUCAAAGCUUGUGCAGGCUGCAUCCCGUUGGACAGUGCUGGAGAAGGGAAUGCGCGAUGAGUUGCAGUGGCUGCAAGUGGCACAGCAACGUGUGCCCGAUCUGUCGGCAGUUACCUCCGCCGACUAUGAUCAGUAUGCGACGCUCUAUCAAUCCCUGAGCAAUGACAUCUCCCAUCAUUAUGUAAAAAUGACGCAGCUCUCGGGUAUUGCCAACAAACUGCAACAACUGGUGCAGGCUCCAAAUCUGGUCGAGGAAACCAACGAUGCGCUGAUUGUGCUGCUCAAGCUCCGCGAGGAGGUGGCAUUAUAUUUGCAUCGCCUACUUGUCUUCAAGGAGAUCUGGGUGCAGUACGAACAGCAAACAGAGAAAAUGGAGUCAUUCGUACGCGAGGCAGAACAGGAACUGCGACAGAUUCAAAUACCCACACAACCCACAGAGGAACCCAUACCGCAUAUGCGACAAUUCUGGGAGAUUAAGGCACGUUUCGAGCUGCAUAAUAACAUUCGCAACGAUGCGGGCCACAGCCUGGAGAAAUCCCUGCAGGUCAUACCACUGGCCGAUGAGAUGCUGCAGCGUCAGUUCCACGCCCAGCUCGAGGAUCGCUGGCAGGCAGUUGCCCAAGCAAUUGAGCAAAUACAGCGCAACAUUGUAGAUUGCCUGUCCUCGGAGGAUAUUGCCCCCGAUGAGAAACUCAAGCUGGUGGAGCGAGAGCUACAGGAGAUCUAUUUGACAAUGACGAGCAUGAAGGGUGUCAUUAAGAAUGAGGAGGAGCUCAGUCUGUACAUUGAACGGGUUCAGGUGCUGCGCACCCGAGUCGGUUUCAUUGGCAACGAACUGGGCCGCAUUGGCCUCCAGGAGCCGGCAAUUGAGCCCGAAAAGGUUGGCGAACUCUUUGCACUCUCGCACAAGAUCACCACACAAAUUGCCGAGGAGCUGGAGUUUGCUUCCGUGCUGAAAAAUCAACUGCAGGCCAUACACGAAGGCAUUAGCAAUCAGCGUAAGCAUCAGGCCAAAAUCUCAGUUAUACUGGAUGAAUGCGAAUCCGCCGAACGCCAAGGAGCUGAUGUCAUUGAGAAAGCCGUCGCUGAUUGUCAAAGCGCUGGCGAGGAGCUCGUGGGCAGCUGGCAAGAGAUAAUGCGCAUUCGCCAGAUGCUCCACACACUGCCCAUGCGUCUCAAGAUGUCCGUGUCGCCGGUGAAGCUGGAACGUGACAUCUCCCAGCUGCAGGAUGACCAUGCCUUCCUCGAGAGCAAGUGCACCAACAUUAUGGCCAUACUACGCAAUCGUCUGGCACUCUGGCUGCGCUAUGAACGCCAGCUGGAACUCGUGCAUGGAUCUGUGCAGGAGACAGACUUUAUGAUGGAACUCAUACGUGUUCACGGCCAGGUUGAUUACGAACGCCUCCGUAAGGCCACCGAAAGAUUGGAGGGACUUGCGGGCGAUCUGCACAGUCGGGAGCAGCUAUUGGAUGAUCUGAAGGGCGCUGCCAAACCGUUAAUCGAGAGCUGUGAUGUGCAAAUUGUGGAGCAAAUUGAAUCGUCCGUGCAGGAUGCAGUAGUUGCCUGGAAUGAUACCACCGAAAAUCUACAACAAUUGUGCACACGCUACCAGCGAGCCGUCGAACUGUGGGAUAAAUACCGUAGCGCCUCUGCUGCCGUCAAGAGUUGUAUUGAACAGCAAAUGGAUAGCGUCAAGUCCUUGGAGCAGCCAUUGGAUGCCAUGCAACAUGCCAAGGUCUGUCAAGACAAUCUCAGCGCACAAAACGAUCGUCUAUUGGAGCUACGCGACAUUGUGUCAAAAAUAGCUGCCGAUGUGGGUCUGGAUGCAUCCUCGCUGAUGCAAGGUGAAUUGGAUGCACUGGGUCAGCGAUUGGUUGAAUGCAAGGACGCGAUUACGACGCUCGCGAAUGUGGCCGAGACACAGGAUAAGGAGCGUAAGGAGCUCGACAAGGAGGUGACACAGGCCAAGGUUUACUUCAACAACGUGCAGCAGGACAUUGCGCGCGGCGAGCCGAAAACGCCGAAAGAGAGCGAGGAACAAUUGGCCGCAUUGCGUGCUCAUCUGCAGACCUUGGCUCGCACCGAGGAGCAACUGCGUCAGUUGCGUGAACGCCAGCAAAACAACAAUGAGCUAUCACCUGCGGGUGGAGCAGCAGUCGCUGCCGAUGAUAGCAUUCUGGAUGUGCUGGCUCUGUGGCAGAAGAUAUUCCAGGAUACGUUCCAAGAGUAUCAUCGUCUGUCCACUCGGCUCGCUCGCACCCAGAACAGCUCGGAGGCACUGCGUCUGUGGCGUCAGUAUUUGCAGCAUGUGCAAUCAUUCCUCGCCUGUGCCAUACCCGAGGACUACAGCAGCCUGCGCGAACAGCAGCAGCUCUGUGCCAUCCAUCAGAAUCUGCUCAUCUCGCAGCAGAGCGUUCUCUCGGAGACGCCACUCGAAUCGGAGCUCUCGGAGCAAUACAAGGCACUUACAAAUCUGCACAAUGAGACCCUGUCGCGCAUCAUGCAGCGCAACGAUGAACUGGAGCGUCGGGUGAGUGGCUGGAAUGCGUAUCGCCAACAAUUGGCGGCACUGCUCGACUGGCUGCGUCAGCGGGAGGCGGAACGCAAUGCGCUCCAGCUGCGCUACAUUCAUCUGAAGCGUGUGCCACAUCUAAAGGCACGCAUGGACGCACUACUCCUUCAACUGGCUCGUGGAGAGCAACAGAGCGCCGCUCUGAAGGCACAACAGCAACAACUGCUGCCCUACUGCGAUGAUGCAUUGGCCACUGCGAUGCGCAUGGAACAGGCCAGCAUUAAUCAACGGAUUAGCAAUUUGCGUGCCGCUCUCGAGACAUGGCAGAACUUCCUGAAGCGUAUCAAGCAGCUGUCCGAGUCGUACGAGCAGCGUAUCCAGCAAUUGCAGGAUGAAUUCGGCAAGACACAGGAUCUGCUUGAUAACAGCAAUUGCAGCGAUUCAUCAACGCCGGCGGAGAUCGAGCAGCGCUUGGUCGCACUGCGAGCACAGCGUGUUCAACUCAGUGCUCAAACGCCAGCGCUGGAGAGCCUCACAGUUAGCCAGGAGGAGCUGAAGGAGUGCAUCAGUCCUCAUGACAUGAAGGGCAUCAGGCAGCGCAGUUUCCUGCUCUGGCAGCAGCAUGCCGAUCUCGAUUAUCAGCUCACCGUGGCCAUCAAUGCCAUCGAGGAACGUCUCGCCCUGCUUUCCAACUAUCAAACCCGUUAUGCUCGCAUCUCGCACUGGCUGAGCGGAUUGGAGGAGCGUGUCGAACGUGAUGCCGAUGUCGCUGCAAUGGCGAAUCCGGAGCAGGCAGCCAAGCAGCUGGAACAGCAAAUUAAUGGUGAACUUCAGUUGCGCGACAAGGAACGGGAAUGGCUGCUCUCCGCCAGCCGUGAACUGCUCACUCUGUAUGGUGAAGCCACGCCGCAGGCGCAGGAUGUUCGCGUCCAGGUUCAGCAGCAAAGCGACGCCUUGAUCGAUCGUUGGAAUCGUUUGCAGUUCCUCUGCAAGCAGCGGGCCACAAAGAUUGGCGAACUGAAGCAGACGCUGCUGCGUUUGGAGGAGCGCAUUGCUCUCAUCCGUGCCUGGUUGUUUGAGGUGGAAUCGCAGCUAGACAAGCCGCUUAGCUUUGAGAACUACACGCCAAAUGUGAUCAAGGCGAAGCUCAAGGAGCAUGAGCAAAUCCAGCGAUCCAUCGAGCAUCACAGCAGCAAUGUGGGCGAGGUGCUUAACCUGGUCGAGAUGCUGCUCAACGAUGCUGAUAGCUGGCGCACACAGGUCAACACAACUGGGUUGGCCUCAUCCGCCCAGAAUCUGGAGCAGCGCUGGAAGAACGUUUGCAGCCAGUCGGCGGAGCGUAAGACACGUAUACUCUCUACAUGGAAUCUGCUGCAGGAACUGAUCAAGCUGACAACCGAGCAAAAGACCUGGGUAGCCAAGCAAGAAGCUCAACUAUCCAACUUCGAGCGCGAUGAUAAAUAUGCCAACAAACAGAAACAGGAUGAGCGGCAGCAGGCAUUGCGUGCCAAGCUGGACGAACUCGAUGCCGAGUCGGUGAAUCUGCGUCGACUGGAGCAAACAUAUGCCAGGCUAACAAUGAGUCCGGGUGUGGAGCCAGAGAACAUCCAGAAGUUAACGAUGCCCACCAAGGUGAUGCUGAGUAAGUGGCGUCUGUUGGCACCACGCUUCCAUGCGCUCCUCGAUGCCAUUGACAAGGAUGCCAAGCUGAUGCGCGAGUUCAACACAUCCCAACUGGAGCUGACGAAAUCGCUGACGGGCAUACAAACGGCGUUAGACCAGAUGCCCUCUGCGGAGGAUCAGCAGGCCGAACCCAAGGCGGUGCUGCAGCGCUUGGAGGGAUUGGAACGCAAGCUUCAGCAGACUCAACAGCAGAUACAGCAGGCUGAUGCCUUGGGCAAGGAAGCCGAGCAGCGCAACAAAGAGCAGCCGGCACAGCUGAAUCAUCUGCUCAAACUAAUCACGGAGUACACAACUCUGUGGCAAACGGUGCAAACAAAUCUUGUCACUCUGAAGACCAACUGGUUGGCACGUGCCGCCUCCAUGGCUGGCGCUGCUAUGCCUGUACAUGAAACGCAUGCCAGUGUUCAGGUGAAUACGCUAUCGCAGCGCAAGUUGCGACAGGCGCAACUCCAACGGGAGACGUCCAUAACGGCCAAAGAUGCGUAUAUCAUGGAACUGCAGACGGCGAUUGCCGAGUGCCAGACCAAUCUGGAUGAACUGCAGCGCACCAUUGCGGACAAGACACGCAAGCCGGGUCCCCAGAAGAUUGCCAAGCUGCUUGGCAAUGCGCAGUCCUCCACGGAGCUGGUGAAGCAUCUGAGCCAUCUGCUGCUCUCCGAAUGCCAGGCGGACAGUCAAGCUGCCCAGGUGGACACCGUGUCAGAGCUGACGCUGCGCUUCGAUACGCUGCAGUCGCAGUGGAAGGCGCGUCAACAGCACGAUCAAAAUGCAAGGUGCCUGCUACCUGCUGCCUACAAAUACACAUGCAUACAUGAGGUCGGCCGGCUAACGUGUCCGCUCUGCACGCAACGCAACUGGCAGCAGAUCGACAAUGAUCUGUGGCGUCUGGAGCAGUGGCUGCAGUUCGCCGAGAGUACACAGAAGUCACAAACGGCGCCGCCCUCGAAUAUUGAGUUGUUGGAGGAUGUGACUCAGGAUCAUCGCGAGUUUUUGCUGGAUCUGGAGAGUCACAAGUCGAUCAUCUCGUCGUUGAAUGUCGUCGGCGAUCAUCUAGCCACGCACACCCUGGACACGGAGAAGGCGCGACAAUUGCGUUCUCGUCUCGAGGCUGAUAACGAGCGUUGGAACAAUGUUUGCAUCAAUGCCACCAAAUGGCAGGGUCUGCUGCAGACGGCGCUCAUGGGCAACAGUGAGUUCCAUCAGACAAUCGAUGAGCUCGUUGACUGGCUGCAGCGCACCGAAAAGAAUAUCAAGGCCUCCGAACCGGUGGAUCUCACCGAGGAGCGCAGUGUGCUCGAGGCAAAAUUCAACAAGUUCAAGGAUCUCCGCGCCGAACUGGAGCGCUGUGAACCGCGUGUCGUCAGCCUACAAGACGCAGCCGAUCAGUUGCUGCGCUCCGUCGAGGGCUCCGAGGAACAGUCUCAACAUACCUAUGAAAGAACCCUUUCCAGAUUGACCGAUCUCCGGCUACGUCUCCAAUCCCUGCGCCGCCUCUCUGGCAUCUACAUCGUCAAGCUGGGCGCCGUGCUCGGCUAUGAGGGCGACAAUUUGGGUGUACCGCUGCACAUGUUGUCAAGUGAGCUUUUGGAUAAUACUACAUUAUCAACCUCUUCUAUGCAGGCCGCCGCACCAAACACAGAAAAUGCAAAUCCCGAUGGCGAUGCUGCCGAUGGCGAUGUCAUCAAUACCACGGUUCUGGCGCGCGGUGCUCGAUUCCUCGGGCGCGUUGCACGUGCCUCCCUGCCCAUACAGGCGCUCAUGCUGCUGCUUUUAGGUGUGGCAACACUGGUGCCCCACGGUGAGGACUACACCUGCAUGUUCUCCAAUACGUUCGCCCGUAGCCUGGAGCCGAUGCUAACCUAUCCUCACGGGCCACCGCCAACGUAAACAGUUGUCAGUUGUCAGUUGUCAUUGGAUUAGUGCAAUAAAUUCACAGUCAAGUUCAGAAAUAACAGAUAUACCCCUAAUAUAUACAAACAAAACAAAUGUAACAGAACACAAACCAACACGAAUAUGCCUUCAAAUUAAAAACAAACAAAAAAAAAAAGAAGAAAUUAUGAAUGAAAACAAAAACAAAAAAAAAACAUUAGUAAGCAAAUGUUUGUAAUCAAAAUUAUUGUACAUGCUGUAAUGAUGUAAGAAAUGUACGCUCGAUAAUGUUGUCAUGUAAAUUUUUGUAAUUUGCCACAUUUUGAUGAGAAUUUGUAUUUUAAUUUUGGUAGCUAGAGACAAACAUACCGAACAAAAUAUGUACAUAAUAAGCAACGUACUCGACGAGCAUAUUUAAAAGAGAAACAUGAAAACCUAACGACUUGUAACGAAAAAAAAAAAAAAAACACUUUUACAAAGAAAAGAAAAAAUAAGAAAACUUAUAUUAACGAUAUAUACAUUAUACAUAUAUAUUUGCACAGCAAACAUUUAUAUAUAACCCAAUGCCCAACAUUUUGUAUAUAAUAACUAAGCUAAAAACAAACAAACAAAAAAACGAAUGCAAAAAUACGCACACGAAAUAAUUACUCAGCAACGCCCGCUCCUCCAAGCAACGAAAGAGAGCAACUGCAGCCUGCGGGCAGUCCUUGCAAAUUUCGUGGAACAUUUUUGCACGGACUGGCCACAAGCUGCCGCUGCGAACGGACAAGCCCACAAGACAAACCAUGACCCAUAGACCAAUUGUCCAGAGUGCUAACCAAAAGUUAACCUACGGCUAGCAGCUGCACGUCCAUCUCCCAAAACUCAAGGCGUUACAGCUGCUGCUGUGCAUUAACUUUUGGUCAGGUCACUGGACGCCUGACAGCCAAAUGCCGCCACUGAGGAUUAACACAGUUGCCAUAGGCCAAGUUCUCUCCCACGGCCUAUGAGGAGCUGGUUAAUCAACCACCCGCCACAGGUGACAGACCGGCGGCAUUUGGUUCUCGGUUACCUCAAAGCAUUCCUGAAACUCAUUUCCAAAAUUCUAACCAUAGAUCAAAUCAAAAUAUUGUCCUGAUCUGAAGUUGCUGUCGGGAGCGGGCGCAAAAGGAGCAUUGAACAAAAAAAACGAAGCAAGUGUCCUAUGCCGGUGCUAAACCAAACUACAAACAAUUUUUCAAAUUACGAAAAUUGUUUGUCGUUCAGUUGCGUAUGAAAAUGCAUAAAAAGAACCGUAAAAAAAAUCGCAAACGAAAAAAAAAUG